AUGUCGUUGAGAGUGCAAGUUCAGAAGGCGUCAAAUUUGAAAAAUGUCGAAGUUAUCGGCAAAAGCGACCCUUUUACACUGGUUGAAUUCAACGGCAAGUUAUAACGUGUUCCACGAGCGCAUAUUAUGAUAUCGUCUACUAUUUAAUUCUAGCACUCACUUCUCAUAAAACGUAUGCUCUAGGAGCUCAAUACGAGCAGAAUUAACGAUGCAACAUUUCGAAUAUUCCGCCCGCUAUGUUUGUUUUACGCAGAAAUCUGAUAUGAAGUGUUUUGAAUCUAGUUCAUUUACUCUAUGCGCUUUUAUAUCUUGUUUUCUAUUUUUUAAAUCAUAUCCAUUUAGCAAUAUUCAUGUUCUUAUUAUCUAAAUGGAGCAAUUAACUGCCACCCUAUAGUUCACCCAAGGUAUUAAAAGAGACAUUUUUUCUCACAUUUAGAUUGGAAUAAUUGAAAGUGCCACUGAUACUAACGUUUUCAUUAUUUAUGUAAUGGAAGCCUAAAUGAAACUUUUUGUGGCAUACUGUGGAUAUCUGACAUUAUUUCCGAAAUUAUUAUACUCGUCCUCUGCGCGUUUAGUUUAUCAUUGUUAGAACGUUUUUUGACAAUUCUCUGCUUCAAUGUUCUCUAAAUGCGAUCUAAAUUACAUCAAUUACUGGCGGCAAUUGGUUAGGGUAAAGUUAAGAUUGAUAAGGCAGUAGCAGGUCAACGAAAAGAAUCUAAUGUGAUUACGACAAACGCAUAUAUCGUGGUCUGCGAAAGUUUUUGUAGAACUGCGAAGUCUGCUUUGAAUGUACGGUUCUUUUAACAGAUGCACGGAAGUGAACUUACCUGAGUAAAUCUGAAUAUGGGGUACAUCAGUAAGGAAGUUGUGUCUUAAAAAAUGAUUGAUUGAAAACACCGACAGAUGGUCAUUUUCUUAAGACGGGACAGUGAAACCUCUCUUGUCAGAUCUUGCAAUUGCACGUCAUUGAUCUAGUGGGGCAUACGAAAACAGUCUGAUUACAACCAGUUACAUGCCUGCAUUCGAAAGUUGCACUUCUUAAUAUAUCUGCAAGUGCAUUAACCUAGUGAAGUGUCCUGCUUUUUUAUAAUGGGUUCAGUAAAAUCCCAGGUAAUUCUUGUUGAUAUAGAACCCUUACGUUUUUUUUCAGGCGAAUCACAAAAGACAAAACAUGUAGACGACGAACUUAACCCAACAUGGAAUGAGGUACGUCAAUUUUUGUGGAAGAUAGAUGUUUUUAGACUCUAACAUUCGACUUAAAAGGCAAACCGCUGUCCUCUUCCGAUGAGAUUACGUUCACCGUUAGAGACUAUGACAAAGUUGGCACCGGAAAGUGAGUGCCCCUUUUCAAACAUUUAGCCCAUAGUCAGCAAGCUAGACUAGUUGAUAUAUACAGGUUUUCGUGCUUGCCAUUUGGUUCCACACAUUUUUAGAGAACAUACAAAUGAAAAGGAAAACAAUAAUAUUUACUCUUUAAUUGCUUAUUUUAAUUACAAAGGGAGAAAUAAUGUAAUUCGCUGAGAUGUCCGUCAACAUUUGUAAAAUUAUAAUAAGAACCUUUCGGUCAUAUAUCAGUUAACUACGCAACAUGCUCUAUCAUUCGAAUAUGUAAAUCACCAUCAGAGAUGCAGUAUUACACUGACUGAGAGUAACUCCUUCAAGAAUAAUCCAGUCGCACAUUUAGCAUUGAUUGAUUUUUAUUUCACAAUCAUGUUUGUUGCCGAAACAUGUAUCCUUUUUUAUUUUGUGAAUUCGAACAUAUUUUAACUCGAAAUACUACUUUUGUACAUCGCUCCAAUCUGGGCUUAGUGUCACUUAACUUCUUGAACUACGGUUCAACAACAGUGCUUGAUAGUUUUUAUGCUAAAUAAUUGUGGUCUGUGUAUUCUAUGAUGUUUUAGCUUGGCGCAGAAAAAUAGUCGUUAUUUUUGAAAGACAAAAGGCGCGCGCAUCCCAAAAUCUCAUAUGGCUAUUUCCUUCAAAAUUAUAUCGUAAACCAUUCUGGAGACUACAGAAAAUCUUUUGGUUUAGGCGUAUUAUGCAUUUACUUGUAGCUGUACCUCUUCCACUGUUUCCGUUAUUAUGUUCAAAACACUCAAAAAGUAGAAUCUCGAUAAUGUCUUAUUGACCUUAAUCAAAUAUCCACAUGCUGAAAGAGUGGGAUGUGGCCUUGAGAAUAUUUCCUUCACCUAACAGUCCUAUAGAAGAACACCUCUGGAAGAGGUGUAUUAACUCAAGUAUAAUUAAAUUCUCUCAGCACAUAGAUCCUAACCCAAGUUGGUCGUGCUUGAGUAAGCAUCUUCAGCUGUAUUGUCUGCAUAUAGAUCUGUUUGCAUUAAGUAGACUGAUUUCGAGUUAACGUCAUCAGAUAUUAUUUAAUUAUGACUUUAUUCUGGACAUUUUUUAGAGUUUACCCAAUUUUAAAUCUAAGAAAUCCACAGAGUAGUUGAGAACAGAUUUUAAAUCACUAGUCUAAGGGAAUUCUGUUAAGGGAAUUCUGUCUAAAAUGUUCGAUAACUUCGUUUGCGUUUGUCCGGCGGCGGUUAGUAGAGCCACUUUAUGCACUCAUGCCUCAACUGCUUUUAAAAUGACCGUCAAUUACACUGUUGUGAUUGUGAUUUCGAGUUUGUUUUGUAUCAAUACGGAUUUAUUUAACUGUCAGUGAAACCCACUAAGAAUACAUGAUUUAUGGCCAUAUGAAUGCGUAAGAUUCGUUAAAAUGUGUGCUGAAUCCCCCUUUCCGAACUCGAAAGUGUCAAUGCAAUGUACGGUGGAAACCGGGUUGUGGUGAUUCUUCUAUUGAUAACCUUGUCGAGUGGGCUUUUUCGUUUAAAUUUUUGCUAUCAAAACAUUCAUGGUAAAGGCAUACGUUUGAACCCUAAAUAAAAAACAUGUCUGAUUUUGAGAUUACAAACCGUUCCAAAAUCGAAUAAAGACGGUUUUGGCAAUAUACCAACCUUCAUGUUCUCAUUUAAAGGCAAGCAAUAGCGUUUAUUCUGCAUCUAACUUUUUAAUCACUUUAGGGAUUUAAUGGUUCAUGUGUCUGGGAUCUGAGCUGCAUUUGCGCUGACUCCCGCAAAAGUCAUUUUCAUGUGGUUGAAAUUUAAGGGGUUGAUGAACCCUUGACGAAUUGAGGUAUUCUGUUAGAAUCUAACCACGCGUUUAGCUGUGUUGAGCGAAAAAAGUAUUCAGGGAGUAACCUUUAUAACAGUUCUGUUGUUUAAAACUUGCAUUUACCGCAAAGUGAAAGAAGUAGGAUCCGUCCUUCGCAGCAGUCAGGGCUCAGUCUGUCUCUUUUAUAUAAAGAGUGACGAAUCAUCAUCCCGAAACAUACGAAUUUGAGUUUCACACAUAAACCAGAUUAUCUUACGAAACCGUUUUCAUAUCUUAAACUAUAAAACUAGACUUAUCAACGGAAUGAAAUAUCAUGCAAUUCUUAAACACCAAACAAAAACGUAGUAAGGCAGGAAGAAAAGCUAUUACCCGGUAUAGUCAAAUUUUAUCACCCCAAAAUCACCUACUGGUAAAGUAAAUAUUCCAGAUGAUAACUUUGCAAAGAGAAAUUACAAAAUAGAUACGUUUCCUUCUUACAGGUCCAAAUGUGAAAAUUUUGGAACGGUUUUCACUUUUGCCCGAAAAUCAAUUUUGUCAAUUUCGAAAACUGUUAGUGCGCAAUUAAAGUUUUUGCGCGGCCUUUUUUCUCUACAUUAGUUUGAUAUAGUCCUUCCAAAUGCAGCGGACAAUUAAGCCUAACAAAGCAAUGUGGAAUAAUUGAUUAUUGAAUGCUUUUCUGUCAGGUUCAUGGGCCGAGCCAAGGUGCCUCUUGGAGGUAUGAUCAGCGGCGCCAAGGAAAUUAAGAAGACUUUGACGCUGACCGACAAAAAGGAUAAUCCCCUCGAGGUAUUUUCCGACGUAAAACUCUGUUGUGUUUAACCCUCCAACAAACCUUUCGGACAAAAUGCAGAAUGUACCUCCCUGGCCACACUUCUGACCAGUUUUCUCCUUAAUGCCUUAAUGUUAUCAAAGCGAAUGCAAGCUUGAUUUCUAAAGAUCUUAAGCGAAAUCGCGGAAGUGGUGCGGGGAGGUAUGCGCAUCUGCAUCUUAACUAGGUUGUAGCUUGAAGCUCAAGUAUUCGGAGUCAUGAAAUAAAACACUGCAUUCCGACCACUAUCAACGUUACAAAAUGCGUUAUCUCUUCCAAGAGGUUCGGAAAAAUUAUGAUUUUCAAGGAAUAUGUGUCAUGAAUCUUAUAAGGGUUUUCUAAAACAGCAAACGCGUUUGCGGGUUAAACAGUGUUAAAUAAAAUUAACAAAAAAUAUGUGUUUAAUAUAUGAAAAUGAAACUUAGCCACUGAGGAAUUUCAGACAUUCUCGCUGGCGUUCCCGCUUAUCAGACUUCUAGAAUACAGACUAUUUAAAGUUGUCUUUAAUGUGCGGUGCAUACGAGUCUUUUAUGCAGGGAGUUUUUUUCUUACGCUUCAAAGUCUACCUAAAUUUUAAUUAAAUAGAGAAUGAUUGGCGACGGGAUAAACGAGGCGUUAAUAUAUGUGGCAAAUUUUGGAAUCCUUCCAUUUUCAUGUAUGCUAGUCUUAAUUAAAUCCGCCGGAAUAUCAAAACACUGGAAUCUUCGAUUUUUCUGCAGUAAAAGGCCUCGGCUACCUCUUCGGGACCAACUUAAGGCCUUUAUUUUGCAGCACAGCUUGACCUUACCUAAGUAUAUACGGCAUCAUAAGGCGGAUUCUAUAAUGCCGUGUUUUUGGUCCUUCCUGAGGUCACGACAGAAUCUGUAGACGCCAGAAAAAUCCGCAGCUAAGUUCACUGGCCCGUGUACACUCCUAGCAGUAGGUGGCAGAUCUUGUACAAACAAUUACUUAUAACGCGGCACGCUUGAGGUUAUUGACCUCGGACUAUCUGAAAUCGCGACCGUUACGUUGACGGCUGCCCAGUGCAAAUGUGCAGUGUAGUUAAAAGUGAUGUAAAUGAUCCGUUGACAGGACGCUUAUAGCAAAAUGUUCCAUUGUGCAAUCUUAGUUAUGUGUGAAACCAAUCACUCUACACUUGCCACUGUGUGCGUAGACCAGUGAUUGAUACGAUUCACUAGGACCGCAAUUGAGUCUUCUCAGAUACCAAACGUGCGAAAAUUUGAACAAGUGCAAUCAGAAGUUAAAGACAUUCCAGUUUUCCUCGUCUUUGUCAGUAACUCAUAUAGACCCAACUGGGAAAAACUCGGCGCCUUGGUUGGAUUCGAACCCAACGUCUGGAGUCCAUCAAAGAUGAUAGAGUAAGCUGACUGCCCAAGCAGGAUUUCCUAAGUAAUCCACCUAGGAUCCACCAGCUGACUACCAAGCUCACGUACUUCACAGAUAUUUUGGCAGAUUUUGAAUGCAGACUUAAAAACGUAAAGAAGGAUUUAGGCUUCCACUCGUGCAGGUCCCUUGUUAUAAUACCGUUAAUCAAACUGCUGCCUUAUAAUUCAAAGAAACUUAAUACAAAAUCAUUCGCAAAUUAAAAUUGCGUUAAAUGUGGGAACUCCAAAGACAAACCGGAACUAACUGCUCCAUCGUCUUGCUUGGCUUUGGGGCAGUUUCUUUGAACCUUUUUAGUCCACCCUCUUUGUCGACAUUUUUGAAUUUUGCGGAUUUCGACGACAGACACCUCAUGUACCUCAAGAGUACCUUCAAAAGAAAAUGAGUCCUACUUAGAGGCGAGCACGAAGCAAAAUACGAAUUUUAUUUGCAAUCACUGCUAAACUCUUGAAGUCCAGAUGGGCCGUUAAUAAUAGCGAGCCAUCGUCAACUUCCAUGCUAUUGAGUUACGGGAGGUUUUAUAUUUCGCGUGGAGGCCCUUGUGUCGAACUAUAAAGCUGGGUCUAAAACUAGGUGGCUCACGCCUCUCAGCAAUAUCACGGAUGUGUGUCACUUCUAUCUGAACUCUUAUCACCAAGGCCUUAUAUCGAAAUUGGCUUUUUGAAUUAAACUGCUCUAAAGUAUUCCCUCAUGAUGUGAUCGAGUUAGCUCUUAAGCUCACUUUUCUUUCCUGCUUCGAAGGGUACGCUUGACGUCACAAUAGCAUAUGUCCCACCGGCCGGAGGCUCUGGUGAUGCUGGUAAGCAUCAAAGGUUUCAUUGUUGUCCUCACACAUGCAUUAUGUUGUUAUCAUUUUCGAACUUUACUGAGACUUAAAACGUUACUCAGAAAUGAGGAAGGAUUAGUGAUUUGUUUCGCCUUCCAAAGUCAGGAUUUGUCGUAGGGUGGAAUAAGAUACAUGAUAAAAGUAUGCAGUGUCCUCAGUGACAGACUGAGUGCUUGGGGUAAUCACAUAUUUUAACCUAUCGAUUAUAAAUACUAGAUUGUAAUUAACCUCUGCUUCGACCGAUACCCCGCAUAUAUAGGGCUGGCCCCCCUUCCUCAAGCAAACGUCUCAGAGACUUAGCCGGUGGACUUAGCAUUAUCUGCCAGUCUGAAAACAUGCAAAGCUGAGGCGGAAGGCGCAAAAUCCUGGUCUACCUGCGCCUGGGGUGUGAAGUCCAAGGUGUGAUUCAGUCAGUUCAUCGACCUUGAGACUGUGCAUUUGUGGUCACAGUUUCGUGAAGCCUCCGCGACAUUGGUUGCUUCGCUUGACAAACAUCAGUUCGGUACGGUAGACCAAAGUCUGUUCAGUCUCAGAAGGAAUAAAUGCACAAACGCAGUCAUGCAAUAGGAGCCACGAGAUUCCUUCUGAAUUGAGCAUCUGUUAAGAUGCUGGAGUGACAAGCGUUUAGCAGGCAGAAGUUCAGGAACAAACCAUGCAUAAGUGUUAAAUAAUAACGGCAGUUUCUGCUGGUCGUACUGAGAUAAUAGUCUAACGCUCUUGAAAAAAUGAAGCCUUUGUUUGCUGGAAACUAUACCACACCACCAACAGUCAAAGAAAUAAUUUCUAAAAGUACUAUGAAAUGGAUUUGGAGAUAAAGGCCAAAGACGUGAAGGUAAUUGGUGCCGGCAAGUGGAAUAACCUUGAAACCCGUAUAUAUCAAAAUAGAUUUCAUCUGUAAAUCAUGGUCGAAUUCGCAGAAUUUGUUUAAUUCUUUUAUCAACGUCAGCUUUCGAGCCGCCGUCCAUUGUCCUUCAUGCACUGCGAUAAAGCGAAGCGAUGGAAUCUCAAGCAUCAAGAGAGACUUUGUUUGGGAGGCGAGAACCUUCUUAUUCAGUGGCCACUCUUAAAUCGGCACAAUUUCCAGUUAUGCAGCUCAAUCCAAUAAAAGAGUUUAGAGGGACGAAGUUAGGUAGAUGAGGGGUAUUCUACGAAACAUUUUUGUCCAAACCGCCUGUUUGACAUGAUCUCACCGAGGCAGUGUCCUACACCUUAUCCCUUGAAAAUAAAACUUCUCAUGUUUGAAGCUUACUCUGGCUACUGCGAUUGACUGCAGAGUGUUAAAUCUAAAAAGAAAGGAGCAUAACCUUAACCAUCAAUCAUCCAAUUAUACAUACAAUUUUUGAGACACCCUGUAUAUAUGGAGGAAGGAAUAAUGUUCUAGUCCACAACGUGCCCACCAAAACCCGAUGCUUAAAUAAUUGAAUGUCCUGCGCCAGAAAGGUUGCUUUAAUCUAUUGACAUCGAUCUGGUUGGCGCCGUAACCGGGGUCUAAUGGCAUUACGAACAAACUGGGGAAUCAUUCCAGGUAGGCCAUCUCAUUCGACGCCAGGCCACCUCGUUCUUGACUGUUCGCAAACAGCGAGCAAUCACUACCAGGGAAGAGGAGGAUGUUUUCGAGAAACUGAAGACUAAUACGAGCAAAGUGAUACUACUCAGACAAAGGACGUUCUACAAUUGUAGCGGAUAAGGCUGAUUACAUUCAGAGGGCCAACACACAACUGAGGGAUCGACAGGUGGACUUCCGAUGUGAUGAUGAACUGAUGAGGGUAACUGAUGUUACAACUCGAAAAAGACGCUCGGUUAACCGCCGACGAGUAAAGCAAUAAGUCGGUACGACUGGCCAUUAAAGCAGUAUAUAUGGUCGCAGCUAGGUUUUACGCAUUGCACAAUGUACUCAAUGUUGGUAUUCUCCUCCGAACAACUGUGUCAUCGCGUGAGGUUCCACAUUCAAAUCUGACUAGAUGGCUGUCCCCAUUCCUGCAGUACCUCAUCUCGGACGUAGCCACAACGGUCGGUUUGGUCAUUCGGUCCUCCGAACGGUUUAGGGAGACGUGAGAUACUGCAGACCUGGCUGUAGUGCCAUUUGACGUCAACUCUCUCCACUUUCAUUCCACGGGUCCUCGCCGUCAAAGCGGUCUGUCGACUGCUUGAGAGUCAGUGCGACGCGAUGGGUUAGACGAUGAAGUGGAGACUUCUUUCAACUCCACUAAGGCUCUCUGAAGACGUACUUCGCGUUCGAAUGGGACAUGUUCGAGCAGGUAAAAGGGUCACCAACGAAAUCGCCCCUCUAGGGUUUCAUCAUAGAGGCUGCUCUCUAAAAUCCGGAGACGCUGGUAUUCACAGAAUCCACAGGCCGAAAAUCUUGCACUCGAUACGCGAUAACACCGUCGUCACCAUCCUCGGGAAACGGCCCAAUAGUUCCACAAUGUCUGGGUUUCCGUCUUCUCGGACAUUCAGUUCACAGUAAAGUGGCAACCAGCAGCCGUUUUUGGCGGUUCUUUCCAUCGAAACCCAAACGCGUACCUAUAAACCAACGUAUCGGAAGGCCACCAAAAUACGCGAAAUUUUAGCCUACUGCGAAAAGCGCUCGGCAUGCCACAAACGCAAAUCUGCGCGAACUCUCUACAAAAGUGUGGAAACGUUGCAGUGAACCGGACAACAAAAGACCGAAAUUUCGCUAUCUUCAGCGACAUUUCUUAACCAACGACUAGUUCCACAGCUCCGUCGGACAUAGAAGACAGUCCAGUACAAGCCAAAAUCCAGCCACAGAACAAUUAAAACUCCGGUAGCUCGUCUCCUCAGUCCAUUGAGGAUAAGCAUCGCACAUAGGUCGGAGUAAGCCACUGACCACUUUACCAGGAGACCUAAGGCCCCCGGUCAUGAGAUGAGACAACACACGUCAAUUACCGGCUACAGUUUAACUCCAGCGAAGUUAUUUACGAUGGAGAGACCAAGAAACAAAUACAGACCCAUGCUAGAGAACAUACGAAGGCAAUUAGAAGGGUAAACGUGUUGUUUCUGGUGGCGGAAACCUGUCAAAACUGUCACGAAUUUAGAGCAGACGUGAAUCCAAAUACCUGCCAGCCUGCGCCAGAUACACAAGUAACCGAAUUAAACGGAUCGGACGAAGGCGCAGCCAUUCAUACUCUCACACCGCCUAAUAUUUUCGCAGACAAGGCAAAAUCCAGUCAACGAUGCGCACACAUGAUUCGCAGCCCAGGGCGGCAACUUAGGUCACUGCGGGUGCGGUGAUGCUGUCACCAGACGGUCAUAUCCAACUCUGGGUUUUAAGCAUCUGGGAUUCGAAUGCGGUAUCUCUGGUCACUGGGUCGAACCACAUGCUCCGUUCGUGAGGUUAGGUAUGGCCGGCGUGUGACAGCCUUUAAACCGGAAAUGACCCUUCCGGUCUCCGCUGUUUUCAUCGAUAGUGUCAAUCUGCCAAUACCACCAGUCGCCCUGCGAGUGUCUGGGAACUUUUACGUGGAGACCAAAGUGACUCCGGGUAAAAGUGUUCAGUAACUCAAUCCAUUAACGCUCCUGCAACGUAUAAAUGCAUAUAUGAACAAGGGAAAGGCGCAAAAACUUUGAAUUCAAUGACGUCACGAAAUUUCGUAAUGUAACUCCAUUACCUCACCGGUGCUCUCACUGCCAUGGCAAGGAUCUAUACUGGACGUGAAUGUCCUCUCACUAUCGUCCCGCGCAUGACUGGCUGUAAUCCGAACUCGCUUGCCUAAAUGACUUCUCCUCCUUCCUCCUCACCAUGCACAACCGCAUAUCAGACCAACAGUCCAUGUUUUAUUCACUGGUCACGUCUUAUCCCUCUAGACCGCUCUAAUUGGACAGGUUAUCUUGCAAAUAGGCAAUUACCGUAUGCAGUAGAAAGAGGUGACGAAAUUUUUUGACUUCAUUAAAUGCUGCAAGUUUUGUCGCCCUUGCCUCGUUAGAAUUCAUUCCUGGAAAAUAGGGCUUCAGUAUGUAUGUAUGUAUGUAUGUAUGUUAGAUGGGAGUGAAGGUAUUGACACAAAGCAGUCUCGGGCCCGUUCUGAAUCCGUUCAGUCAAUCAUGGCCACGACUGUCAUCCGGUCCGCAAACACAAACAUGCGAGCGUACAGGACGCAGAUUGUUUGCAGAUGGGUUUAUCAGACGGGUAAUAAGCGCUUCACUAAACCAAGUUGCUCUCGUACUUCGCCACCUGACAUGCUCUGUCGUUACAAAUAUGUGCAUACAAAUAUAUGCAGUUGAGGGGUCACACCGAUCAGGUUAUGGGACGUGUUCGUCCUGUUGUGCCAUAGGACUCAAUCUAGAGCCGUUGCAUCUAGUCGCACAGCGAUUAGUGUUAUAUAUAAGUAAGGAGGCACCGACAAAGAAACGGAAAGGGAGAUGGUUACAUAUAACUUUUAGCCGUCGCCCAACAACAAUACCCAAACCCAGGUUUUGGGGACCCCGGUUUUGAUACCGGGUUACUUGGUUAUAUGCCACUAGUCACUAUGCGACUGCCUCAAAUGGAUCUAAAUUGAGCUCAAAGGGACAAUGGGACGAACGCGUCCCGAAACCUACUCGGUUAACGUCCAAAAACGUCUUGGAUCUAGCAUAGUUUUCAGCUAAUUAAUAUUUUUAUCAAUCUGGGCCCAGCUCAAAAUUCGCCGGUUCGAGACAUCAGUCGCAUGAGGACGGUAGGCAAAACUGAAAAAUCGCAUCGACAAUGUCUAGCGAGUUAGAGGUGUCACCUUUAGAUUAUUUUCCGUCGAGGACAUUGGUAACUCAGUCGGCUUAUGGCCGAGCGAAUUUAAGGUUAACUGUCUCCGGACAUCCACUUUCUCGUAACCAUUUCUAUGAUAUUUGUAAUGAUUGCUUCUAUUCGGUUGCUGUCAUUUUUGAUCGGGCUAUCUCCUGAAAGCCUAACGCCUAUGAAACGGGAAUAAAAGUUGGUCUACUAAGUUCUUUCUCCCCAAAUAGUUUUUGUGUACUAACUUGUAAGGCAUUCUGUCGGCAUAGUGAGCUCUAGACAACUAUUGUCUGACAUACGUCUGAAAAGGAUCUAAAUAAACGUCCAUCAUGCUCCUUUGAUAACAUGUUAUGCCGUAAACACAACUGUGCUACUCGUAUAACCGGCAAUGGACAUGCUGCAAGUAGGUGCGACAACCCGAAGUAACGCAGAGGCACUGCCAUGGUAACUAGUAGACUGCGUCACGGGAGGCACACGCGUCAGCCGAAUUGGCCUCAGUGCAUGCACGAGCCAAAAACCACGUGCCCUGCUGACGCCGACCAAUUGAAAAUGUCCGCACUUAUGUCGAGACAGGUAGCAGACCGGACACUUACAUUCGAUCGGCCAAGGUGUCCGUAGAGUUGGGCACAGUUUAAACGCGACCAUUUGCCCGAACGGACUUUACUAGACUUUUCUCUGAAUGAAUUCUGAACUGACGGAGGAGAUUGAUGAAAGGGGGGGCGAGCGUAAGCUUGUGUUUUCCUGGUCUUGUCUUAUCCGUUUUGUUGCAAAAUGUACAAAUUGAGCCGCCGUAAGAUAAGGCAAAUCGAAUUCGCACUCCAGAACAUUUAAUCAUAUUUUCAGUCCAAAUUUAGAGUGUAUUACAUUUUACUGUGAAACUACAGAUAACAUGUUAAAGAAACCUACUGAUUGAAAGUAUAGUUAAUAGUGCACGUCGUUCGCAAAUGCAGUUUUUGUGGUUUUCAAACUGAGAAUCCACUAUCUGUCUUCGUAAUUCACACAUAUGUGGGACUAAAAGUAGGAUCCCUAUCCUAUGGUCUUUAAAUUUUCUCAGAGUUCUAAAUGCAGAGAGCUUUGCUUGAGGCAUUUAAUAUUUGUCAUUUGUCCACGGCAAAUAGUUUUUGUCCUGCCGUUAUAUGCAUGACUUUGACGGUCUAUAUUCUCUUCAUUGUUGACGUCUGGGAUAAAAUGUGAAAUUUCCAGCGACCCUUUUUACUUAUUUACUGACUUCAUUUUGGAGUAGAUGUUGCCAUUCUACACUCUUGGGAAAGAUUGGGCGGCAAAUUAUCUAGAAAUUGAGGUUCCGAUGGUUGAUGACAUCAACUAAGGCGGAAUUCACCGUCGCGAUCUACCUAGCCACUGCCAGUAAGAACUUGCGACGGAUUUUUUGUUAGAAAGCCUCUGGGAUAUAAUAAAAGUUGUCACGAUUGUGUUUAAAGGACAAGGCAAUCGCGAGCACCUAAAAGAAGAGAUUGACCUCGGAUUAAUGAUUCAGUUUUCAUCUGCAUGCGUCGUUUACUCUUUCGACUACAUUAGUAGGCUUUAAAAAUAAAUUGCUGUUAUAUGCUUAUUAGCGAGCAGUCCAGUCGUACGCCAACGCCUUAAAAUUUUCAUAUUUUGGUUAGAUGGCCAAGUAAUAAACUUAUUGGAUAUAAGAAAUGUCACUGGGCGUUAUUUAUCGCCUACAAAUUCUUUUUUUUGUGGUCCCGAAGGUGGAGGAGGUGACGCUGCAGAGACCACCGAGGGCGGCGGUGACGGUGGUACCGGUGAGGCCGGUGGUCCUGGGAAGUCUCGAAAGGCCACUGGACUGCCAUCAACAAGUGGCAAAACCUAUUCAACAAAACCGCAGGACUUCCAGGUAACCCACAUUUUUCCCAGUCAGAGUAAUGUCCUUUGUCAAUCCGGAGAAACCGGAAUUGCGUCUCUGAUUUUGUGCUGAAGAGCUCCAAAAAGAACAUAAACUUUCACUCUUUAAAGAGCAGCUGACGUUGCAGAAACGAAGAUAAGUGUAAGCGAGGUCUCGCUGAAUCUACUUAUACUUGACUCGUGCACAAGCACUGUGGCUUUUUGGCAUCUAGACUUAUAUUUCGUAGAUAUUCCAAAGACAUUUGCUGCACCGAAUUGCAAUGCACGAUUUUAUCGAAAAUGGGGUUUAGUGGACUGAAAGACUUGUCUGACAUGAUACUUUCUCUUACUAACUGUCGGUUUUUGUGUCAAAGUAGGCCAAAAUUGUCAACAUUUGUCACAUACCUAGCAUUUUAAAAUUUAAAAACACCUGCAUUAGCGAAAAAUUUGGAAUUAAAAUAUGUACUGAAAAGGUCUGAGAAGUUUGAUUCAGCAUUCCUCAGCGAGUUGGGCUAUUUACGGUUUCGCUGAUAUUUUACUCCGCGUACAUGAUCCAAGACUUGCUGAGUAGUAGCCAUUUUGAGAUUUCUUUUGAACUGCUAUUUUACAGACAGCAUUUGAGGUAUGCUUGUCAAGAAUUCGCUGUUGCUUUGCUUACGGAAGUAAUUAACUAACUAGAUGUAGCGGAUGACUAACAGGCAUGGCACCUAAGCCACAAAAUGUUUUUAGCAGGCAGCUACCACUUUGCUCCUAAUCACUACAUUAUAUUGUCUCGGUGAAACUUUCGAAUCUAAAUUCGUUUUAAUGGAUUGAAAAAGACGGCAAUGAGGAUAAGCGUUUUGUAGACAGAAUUCAUCGAAGCCGUUCCGCACUCUUUCAUUUGCUUGCGGUCAGAUCGAAAAUGACUCUCCUAUUAUUCCCUUCAUCCCAUCACGUUUGCCGUCUUCUCCCCGUAAUCUAUGCUUACCCACUUUUUUCACGACCUCUAUUAGCCUGGCAUAUGGCCGCUUCAGUUGAAGAAAAGGGAAAAUUAAAAGUAUCUGGUGUCGAAAGAAGAAGGGAUGAAUGCCGGUGAAUGCCUCUUCGUCCUUUGAAAAGAUACCUUGGGACUGCAUUUUUACUAAUGCUGAAGUUUCUAGUAAUGAUCAUUACUUCAGUACAGAAAGGAGAUAUGCUAAAGGGAAAUGGGGUUAUCGGGAAUUUUGAGUUUAACUCUUGACUUCUCCAUUUGGCAAAUAAUCUCUCGUCGAAUGAUAUGGCUGGGACAGACAUGUUUGGUGUUUUAGGGGGCAUUGGCCAGGAAGGCCAUAGUCAGAAUUCCUACAGUGUGCCUGGAAGCACUAAGAGACGGGCCACGAUGGGCCCUCUUUUCUUGUGAAAGAAUGGAUUUCAGGUCCAUGGGAGCACAGAUGGUAGUUUAUUGUCGUAAUCCAAAGGGUUGAAAGUGGAGCCGAGCGAUCAGAUGUGUCUGUGGGUCAUCUUGAUGCAUACCGAGGUGGGCAUGGCUACAAAUACUGGCUCCGGUCAUAGAAGUGUUCACUGGAACUCUUACUGGUCCCAUCACUGAUUUUGGGGUCAAAACCAUUAAUGUUUUACGCACCUGCGUGUAUACGAAGCAAAUGAGUCAUAUGAGUCUGCAGUUCAUUUGCAUUCCCUCAGGUGAGUCAAAUAAUCGGGCGUCUCGACUGUAAUGGAGUGUUCCUUAUGUAAUCGCUGCAUAACCACCUCAACCGCCACAGGCUCCUAUCGGUACCAUUUUGCCUCCUAUUUCAGCAGACGCACAAUCUGCCAUUACGGUCUUAGAGAUGAUCAGCCUUAUUCCAUUCUUGCUCUGCCACAGGCAACGUAAGAAACUUGACCACCACCUGCAUUCCUGCAACUUUUAGUUCGCGAACCCCCGUCUUAAGAGUCAUUUUACCUGACGUUAGGGAGUUAGAGGUGAAUCGUGAGUAGGCGGCGAAACCUCCAAGAAGGCUUAUUCACCCCAUCGUACUCUCACAAUAGCUUCUACUCUAGUCCUACGAGGAGACCUAUCUUUUCUUUUUGCACGCUCUCACAUUUUUCAUAGCCUUUGUGCAUAAGUGUAUUCAUCUGGCACUGACCCUCGGAUUAUCACUGCGAUUCAUCACCUUGACUCAUGUAUUGGCAAACGUAAAAAGGACUGUUGCCACCAACUUUCAAUGACUCACCUGACGUGUGAUUAUAUGCCAAGUGGUACUCUUAUAAGUUCGCUAUACGAAGGAUCGACUGACUCAUAAAAGACCCCAGAAUGUGGCCUCGACUCCAGCCUUAAGACUCUUGAACAGCUACUGCCUGUCUCCAGGGUCCUUUUCGAAGUACUAUGAGUGACCAAUCACAAUUUGACCCAAAAUAUUCGCAAUGAAAAUUCAUUGAGAGCAACGUUCUCAUCCAGGAGUAGCUGGAUUGCAUACGAACUCGUACUUUUGAUUAAAAUGACCAACUAGUUUCAUUACGCUUCCUAAUUAAAGCUUACUUAUUUUCUUAUAUGCGCUAAAAAAAUUAAUGACAGUUUCUACUCUUAAAACUAGCCUUUUCAAAUGAAAUGUUUGCGUUUUCCUGCUUAUCUGAUCAGUAAGGAGCACCUCAUUUAAUAGGAGGCGACGAUUCUCUUAUCUCUUAUUUCCUGUGACUGGCAGUUAUUCAUAUUCCUUCGGGUCUCUAGAGUGUCCUUUGCUCCAGUGAGCAGAUUUGCCUCCCUGCUCGUACUACGGGCAAUUCGACCAUCGGUUAGCUUUACCCAGACCUUCAAGCUAUUCUAACGCAACGGUAAGGUGAAAAAUCCCACUUAGCUGUCGCCAGACUCUGGAUCGUGUCAUAUGGCAAUGGUGGUAAAAGAGAUUUUAUGUGUACAGCAGCAAGCCGGACAAUAAGCUGGCGAAAUACAGAAAACAGAAAUUGUUUGGACUUCUGUCGAAAGUUUUAUCGUACACUUCCUCUGGCAACGGAAAUGAGCGUAUUAAUGAAAAAUGAACAGAAAGCAAGUUUCAAAAAAGUAACGGAGUGUAAGUAAUGGCUUGCGAUCAUGGGAAGUAGUUGUUGUUGGCAGUGUACUUUUUCCAACGGUCUGCAAGUGGAUGCCAAGAUGAAACCUCAUGACUCGACCCAUAGACUGCCGACAGUUAAGUGGGGUCCUUCCAUCUACCGUUGCCUAUUCUAGCAUAAGAGUUCGCAUCACAGCCCGACUUAAGCGAACAGUUCAUGACGUUUGACUCUCAAGAGAAGGAAGAAUACCUCGGAGACAUUAAUUGCCUGUGUCUGAGUUGACCCGAUAACGUCACCUUCCCCUAUUUUCAAGAGUAUUGAAGACACCGUGGUUUGUCUUUCUUGAGGAAGGAAAGAAGCAAAGGAAAUUGGGCGCGAAUGUCUUAAUACACGAUAAUGGGUGAUCUACACUGUGGGUAGUACAUUACAGCGCCUGAAAUGAGUAGCAAUGUUGGGAGCGCUGAAAGGAAAGCACAAUGUUUCAAACUGAAGGCUAGUUUUUCAUGAAUAACUGGGCCUUCCGGAGAACAAAAGGUUCAAGACUACUAAAAGUCUGACUUAUCUGAUGUUAAAAGCGGACUGGUCCGAAUGAAUGCCCCUGUCUUACACACUUAUUUAAAGAAAAGCACGAGGAUUAACUUAUCCUAAUUUCUAACUGCCGCAUUGCGGUCAGGGAUGUCUGACGGCCUAGUUAGUAAGUUCAGGUUUAGACCUAUCUGUAAGAUCAGGCUUGCAUUGUUACCUCGUUUUGCUUUUGAGGUUCGCUGUUUGCAAGCUGGGUGAACCUCAUUAACAUCCGACUUCCUCUCUGUUAUACGCUCAGGGGCAACAUGAUCAACAUACCGGCUCUUAGUUCUCUGUUCAAACACCCACCGUCGACAAAAGAGAUUGACAAAAAAAUCAGAUCCUGCUCUGCUUAUACCACUUAAAAUCGCCUAAAUGACUGUUUUGAACCGUCACAGGCUGUGUACACGGCAUCCGCCUGGUUUUGGCUCGACUUUUGUCAGCUUCAGCGUAAUCAACCUAUAAGUAUCGUCAGGGGAUACAGCCCUGUUUCCAAAUACACGAUUCUGACCUACAUACUGACUUCAUCGCAAGUGCCUUAGGGGGUGCACUUGUUAUUGUGUUCAAAGCGUCCCCUCUCCCCCGCCCGCCCACUCUCACCUAGUCAUGCAUGUAAGUCUGCUGCACCACACAGCUCAGACCCACUGCAAGGACAAGUCAUCGACCUCUCGUGUUUGCCUUCGCGUACGCGUACGUCAGCGUACCAUCUAGGACCUACGCACUACGUCCUAGCUUGUCCACAACCAGUUAUCAAUACCUCUCCCAUCUCCAACAGGUGACUCGGUAGAGGAAGGUAGCAACUUCAUACAGCCUUCAGGAAGGGCUCCAGACGGCAGCUUUAGGUAGCAAAUGCGCUUGGCUGUGGCUCCGGAUUCAUUUAGGGAUUGUGUAUAUAUGUGCAAACAAGUCCUCUGAUAACAUAUCGAUACGGUUUUCUUCUGUUCUUUCCCGCUCUGCUCUUAGGCCUUUGUACAACGCCUGUAAAUGUGGUGGUUUUUUGACGUCCUUAUUAGCAUUUGUUGAAAACUUAUUUGAGCGCAUGUCACAAACAGGAUCUGAUUCUACAGAAUCCGAUUUACCUAUGGUACGCAAAAGAGGUAGAGGUGCGUUGCUUCUCAAAAGAACGGUUUUUUAAAAAUCUUGAUGAAUGGUAUUUGACCAUUUAUUGCAAGACGUUAGGCUUAUGCAUUAUAUACUCAUGCGAAACUGGUUGGUGUCCUUAAUGAAUGCCUAAUACUUAUGGGAAUAAACAAGAUAAAAGAGGUUAAAAUAGAGAAGUGUUGCCAGAAGGCCACAGUGUAAAGUCCUUAUUCCGCCGGUAGCCUGUUCGGAUCGCCAAAUAGCCCACCUUAUUUCGAAGACUACAAGGCACAACAAUUAACUUUGCUUCACCUGCAAAUGUUAUUAAUCAGCAGAAAUUAAAAUGAUUAUUUUGGAAUGAGUGUAAAAUUAUCCUUCUUGCGCAUGUUGCUUUUAAAAUUACCCUUUUUUGAAAGAAGUGAACAAGAGGACAAAUUGGUUGUGCGUCCGCCAAUGUAUAUACCUCAUUCUAUUUAAACCGAUUCUAACGUACAAAACACAAUUCUACUUAACACGUCUGAUUCCAGUCUCAUCACAAAGCCGAUCCUCUCAUUCGGGAUCUGCCUCAGCUAGUUGCAAUCUUCUCCUUCGUCACGAGUUGGUCUUAUCUUCUCUUCCCCUCUAACCAUAUGACUAUUGUUUUCGCUCUAUAAUCAAAGAAUUCAACCAUCAAUUGUUUAUGGAUGCGCUUCAACAAAUAAAUCUUACUUGAUUCCUGGCCGUCAGAUAGGCAAUAAACAUUCGCUGAUUCUGGAAAUGCUGCGGACGAACUUGGGCCUCUGGAAUAGAAGUUGUUCCCUUAACUUCUGUUGUCGGUCAGAUACCGGCUCACACCAGGCUUCGAUGCAGAUCUAGUGGGCCGCGGAUAAUCUAAAUCAAGCGCACUUAUCAAUUGAACCAUUUAACUCACCUCUUGGCAGUUGUGAUUUGCCCAAUAAAUUACAGAACUGAUCUACAUUUUGUCCUGCAAAUAGGAUAGACCGGUGUACGCCAUUCCCCUAUGGCAAGCUAAUUAUACCAAUUGUUGAGACUAAAUACGUAAAAGUGGAUUUAAUUUCAGGCCACAGCCAGUUUGUGAUAUUCUGAGAUAAUUGGGAAAACUGACCAGUCAGUAUGCUUUCAAAUGAAUCCCCGGUUCUUUUUGAUAAACAGGCGCCAUACUGCGGCGCUUUCUCGUGACACCUUCGGAAAGUGUCGAAUGAAUGCUCGUAGUUUUGCAAAAAACGAGGAUUCUACUGUUUCAUAAAAGCAGGCUGAUCCGACUCGUUUUUUUCUGAAUUUUUGCGUCUAUUGGCAACUCUGCAUCCUUCAUCGGUUUUUUCCUACCCUCGCCUUUAGGUUAGAGUUCGCGUACAGGAGGCCCGGCAGCUCACUGGAUCCAACAUUUCACCCCUGUGCAAAGUCAGCUGUGCUAACCAGACUCAAGUCACGUCUGUAAAGACAUCCACAAAUGCCCCCUUUUGGGGUCAGACGUUCUUCUUUAACUUCCAUCAAUCGCCAGCCAAGCUUUUCGAGGAGACCCUCUGCUUCGGGGUCUACAAUUCACGGAAGAUGCGUUCAGAUGCCCAUAUCGGUACUUUUGAACUCGAUCUGGCAGCAGUCUAUGAGAGCCCAAAUCACUCAAUCAUGCACAAAUGGCUCUUGCUGGGAGAACCCGAGGAUCCACUUGCAGGAGCGAAGGGUUACCUCAAGGUUGCUAUGGUUAUCCUGGGUCCAGGCGAUGAGGCACCCGUGAGUUAACAGACAUUCCUGUUGCAUAUAUUUGACUUUCUAAGAUGGGCAUGUCACGGAAAACACAAUCGUUAGGAUGCGGGAUAUAUAACGUUUCUAAGUGGAGAAAAUUCUGAGACAAUCAUCUUUUGUAAAACAUUUGUUUGAAACAAGCAUGUGGAUUAACGUUGCCUAUAUCUUAAACACUUUACUGCAAAUGUAUAUCCGUUUCUGGAAUCCUUUUAUCCCGUAAACGACUGUUUCGAAAAUUUUCAUCUAUAAACUGAGUUUUCAUUGCUAGAAUUAAGAAGUAGAUGAUGUUGAGCACAGGCUGCGAUGUUGUGAAAAGCAUUUACGGAAAGUGAUUGUGAAUAAAAGUGUACACGUAUCCAGUUUUGAUUAAUUUUGUCACCAUCCUUGCGACCAUUCUUCAUCCACCCAUAUUCCUCUCCAUCUCUAGAGUCUUAAGCCGAAGGAGGACUCUGAGGAUGAAGAUAUUGAAGCGUAAGCCACACUACAAAUUCCGAACUAACUGAUCAACAAUUUUCCCAGCUGUUUUAAUUGAUAGUGUAGAUGUAAAGUUGAGAUGUUUGCCUUUGGAUAAUGGACCUUGGGGCAGAAAGAUGUUACUACGUUUCCAUACCCACGAAAAUAUAAGACACCUCUGUACUUAUUAAAGUGCGAUGUAACCAAAUGAGCAAUAACUUUGUAUCUGAUCUCUAUGGGUCAUAAACUGCCUUUAAAGACCGACGAAUGUUUGAACGAUCCAUGUUAUAUUAACGCCUGACUAAAUGACUGAAAUACAGGUACGAUGGCGCGGACUUUAGUAUAAAGCGAACUUCCUCGGAUCAAUUUCUGCGGACGCCCUAUAUUAGGUUUCCAAAUGAAUUAUGAAAUAAAACAUUCUACUUCAGGUUAGCUCUAAAAGCUAGAAGCUAGCCUUUGUUCGUUCAACUUGGGGUUAAGAGACGGGGCUUUUUUGCCAGUAUGUUGUAUUGGUAUUCCUACACUAUCUUCCCAGUUGUUCACUGCAAAGAUAUUCGUUGCAUUAAAUUUGGAAAUAUUUCAUUAAACCCCAGAAACAUUCUUCGGCCCGCUGGCGUUCAACUGCGACCCGCCGUCUUUCAUUUCUCAUUGUUCAACGGAGAAGACUAUCCAAGAAGUGCGUCUCGGCAGCCUUUCUUUGAAAUGACUUUGGUAGCACCCUAUCUCACAUGUAUUUUCAAUAGGACUGUGUGCGUAUCUUCACAACAUCUCAAACUUUGAACCCACCGCAUCAAAAGUACAUAUUAUAUAGAACUGCGGCGGGCUAUGCGCGUCUGAUCACUGAAAUUAUUUAUAUCUCUACUCUUACUUAGAAAUCGUUACUCAGUUGCAUUAUAUUUUUUCCACACUAUUUUACCCAUGACGUACACAUUCUAUGUUAUAUUCCGUGUGUAGCUAACAGGUAGCGGCAAAAAGGUCCUCCAUGUCUAGAUAUAUCGCAUAGUUUUUACAGGCCGUUCAUUCGCCCAAUGGCAUCGCCGACGAGGACUAGCCAGAGCAGCAUGCAAUCCAUGAAAGGGCGGUGGCCAAAAUCUAAGAGGGCUUGUGAGGUUUGGUGACCAAAUUAGCAGUUGUAAAUAGCAACCAGUGUAAAAGAGGAAAACAAAGCACAUGCCAAUUCAUGUUGAGCUCCUCAUCUUUGUGUCCAUGCCACCCACGCAGUUUGGUAGCUUUGGUUGUUAAAUGAAAUUAUGUCAGUUCGCGCGAAGGCCUUUUCCCAUUCGCGUAAAAUGCGACAAGUCAAUAAGGUCUGGCAAAUGCCUUUGCUAAUCUGCGCAUCUAAGCGCACGUUGAAUGAGGCAAAACGGUCCUGCUACAGGAUGGUUAUGCAACCAUCCACUUCGGAGUACAUUCUCUGUUCGGCCAAUCUUGCAUAUAGUUUUCAACUUUUAUUCCCCUACCUAAGUGCACUUAACAGCAUUUGAUAUGACCAUGGUCAGGCCAGAUGUAUAUCUGACCGAAAGGCAUGCAAUAGUGCGAGGUGUCCUAGAAUGGAAAAAUCUUCUGGAGCGGUUUCAAGAUUGAUUAAUCCCGAUUUGCUUUGUGUAGGGUAGCAUGCUGCCUGUGUCUGUGAAGCAGUUCAGCUCUAUCACCAAACUAAACUCGAAAGGGGUUUUGCAUGAACGAUGUGUAUUGUUUCAAUAAAGUUCCCGUAUCUACGUAAAUUCCAUCAUAGGAACAAGAUCUGAAUUGCACUUAUUUUAGAAUUUGGUGUUUGACGAGAGUUUUUCCGGUUUUACCAAAGUGUAUUAAUUCAUACGUAUUACGAGACACUAUCUACAAUUUUACUUCGUCACUGAGUCUCAAAAGUACACUCUACUAACUAUACUUAAACAAUUCCAGAUAUUCGCGUUGAACGCUCCAUUGAAGACGUCCUCCAAAGUACACCACUAGUGUACAUGUGAUCGCUUCAGCCACUAGGCCCUUGCCUAGAAACUACCUCGCUUUCCACGACCAAUCAGCCUGCUGUCUUUAUACUGGGUCGGCUAUAGCUGCACCGUAAUAAGCUGAAGUCAAUUUCUAAGGGAUUCAAUUUACUUUCAAAACAAAUAUUUAUGAACCCCAUUUUCUCAUGUAUUCUUCCACAGAAAGACCGAUGGCCCCUGUGCACCUCGGCUUAUCGCGAAUAAACAUGCCCCGGGCGUCAUCUCACAUCAAGAAAGUAACCAGCACAUCUGUUGAGAACGAAGAUAACAACAGUUUACAAGACGUAACGAAAAAUAUUUACUCCCACGAGGAAAGUUACCAAAAAGAAAUAAAAUACCAUUCGAAAUUACUCCCCCAAAGAAGGUACCUUGUGCGCUGAUGCGCUAGAAGGCAAAACCCAAGCGAAAGGGUGCUUCGAACACUACGGGAGUUCCCAUGCCAAAACCAACCACGUGUCCGUGUCCGUUAAAAGACAACUAAAAACUAUCUGACACAGAUAAUCCAAAAUCCAUCAAACAGAUUUUGCACCCCGGUUUCUACUGGGUUGGUCAUUUCGAUAGAACAGUGGUCGUUCAUCCAGCUAAAUAUGUCAUUUCCGGUGCAGUAUAUCGUACCAAAACCGAGAAAGCCGCUUCCACCAGUGUAUUUGAACAUCCGUUAGUGAUAAGGAAACGAUGACAUCCAUUCUAACUUGUCUUAUGCGCAUUGAACUCGCGAAACCUAAGCGGCAAAAACCCACAUCGUUAGCGUUUGCCCAACAAUGAAAAACGCGAAGGCCUGGAGACAAUGCACUCAGAUGAGACAUGAAUCAGUUGAUAGGCUGUUUUCGGUGUCCUAUUAAAAACCCUAGGAGGCAAAAAUGGACAAUCUCAGCCAACUCCGAACUAAUGACGAGAUACAAUAAAUGCGUAUUAGCACAUGCUCAAACCGACCCCAGAAUUUUUGUCCUGCAUGAUUAAAAAGCUAGCUGUUUAUCUACGCUUCCCAUACAUUCGUCAAUAACCCGCCCAGCCGGUCCUGAACAUUUAAUUGAGAAACAUUUUCAACUAGGAAAGUGCUUGAACCAUUUCUCAUCUAGGCAUAUAUUACUUUUGGUUUCCUGCAAACAACAGUCAUUAAAGUUAGAUGCCAAGUGCCUUUCCCUUUUCUGGAAAGAUGUGUAUUUCUCAAGAGCACCAAGUAAGGACAAAUCUUCACGAAACAUCCGUUCUGUUUGUAGUUACUGUUGUUCUGGGUUAAUUGCUCCAACUGCUUGAAACACAGAAAACCAGACAAACGUCUUCUGCUUUACCUCUACUGAUAAUUUGAUGGCAGAACUCACUCACACACGAAGACAGCCGCUUUAUUAAAGGAGUUAGUUUGAGCAAAGAGACUCUGCAGCCAAACCUUAUCAAAAACACUGAAUCUUGAGUGAGUCAUUCAAAACUUGUAACCGACAUCAAGACGGCACCAUUUUCUGAGCCGCAGGACGUUGCCAACGUCCCUCCACCGCUGCUGUUGCCGAGAGCAAAUUGGCAGCGAGCCUGCAUGUGCCAGUAUGCUUGCAACCAGGCCACUAAGGUUCACAAGCACAUGCAUGCACAGUCCUAGCGUCACCCACACCAUGCCCCCACCUGUUGGUGUUUCACAACGCGAAAGUUGCUCUCUUAAUCCUGGCAUCUACUUGAGUUCCUACGGGCAAGUGACGAGGGUGGAGUGAAGAACACCGUUAGUGAGAUCUGAAUUCUCAUGGCCAUUAAGACGCACAAAGAGAGUUGUGUAGUUCCAUUACUGCAGUACACGCAUUGUUUGGAGCUGGCAAAGGGACGUUUCGGAAUCGGUAUCGUCUAAUUCCUCAAGUGGUCGAAGUGCCGACAAGCAGAGCUGUCCUUUUUGAUCGUGCUCGUCAAUUCCAGGUGCAGUACAAGUCCAAAAAGCUCACUCUGAGGAAGGCAGUAUUGAAUGUAUUUAUUGCAGCUUUCAAGUUUCCUUAGAAAUUAAUCGCUACGUUUGAGUAACCCAGUCUAUUUGAGACUUAUAGGUUCAGACUGGAUUUUAAUAUGAUGACGCGAAGUCGAAGAAGAAACUGUACAUUAAAAGGUACGAAUGUAAAACCGGAAAAUUAAACGACAAGUAGUAGUCUCCAGAAUUCCGAUCAAGAUACAACACUGCUGAUGCCGUAUGGCGUAAGGCACCUUCCAUAGUGAGUACAUUGUGGGGACUCGAAACAAUCCACGAAGUGUUAGGACUCUUGGAGUCUAACCACGCUUGAAUAGGCGUCAACUUAAGUGCGAGAAAUAUAUUCGUUGGAUUACAUUAUUCUAGAUCUUCUAAUAGGGACUUCUAAUUUUUACGGCAGAUCUCAGUGAUAUUUUAAAUAUAACCAAUGCUUUUGAAUACAGAAUGGCAAAAGCACCAAAUUUCAAGCAACCCAUUUAUAACACAGUUCGAGGUUUAUAUGUUCAUAAAUUUCGGUCGAACCUGUGCAAAUGUACAGUAAGUAUUUUGUAAAAGUGUGUCAGUGCAAAACGGCAUUAAAGUAGUAAGUUUCGUGCAGGCAGUUUAGAAAUCAAUUAACAAGGUAGAAACGAUUAAAGAUAAUAGUUCAUUGCAUUAGGCUAACUGCAGGCGGGGUUCCUGCGUUAAAUUACACACAGAUAUUCGGAAAAUUAACUAUGGCCACAGAACUAGGACAGUUAACACAAAAUUUAUUUAAGAAGAAAACCCGAUCUCACCUUAACUCAGAUUGGCAGGCACUGUCGUAAGGACUUCGUUCACUUUUUCACUAUUCUGUAGACUACCCAGAAUGUUCUCUUUGUAUCUACGCUGGCUAGAAUCCAAUACGUUCGCGAAGUUCUAGUUGUUGGCGUUUUGUAUUCUUUACCCAAGCAAUAGACUUUUCCUUAACUCUCUGCACGCAAAGAGCUUGUGAUUCCAUUUUGUAAACUUUCGUCCAUCUGUGAACUUGAUACAUGAUUUUACAGGCCUACCAAGAAGGUCAAGGAGGAAUUUCUACUGAACUGUGCUUCAGGAAAAUAAAAAUUGAACCGAAAAGUUUUUUAUCGAGGAUAUUCCACAGAUUUUAUGGCAGUCCGUAGUCUGUCUUUAUACUGGGUGCAUCACAGAUACUACAAUCAUUCCCCCGUUUUCAUAACAGAGUUUAUUAGUAAAUGCCUCACUAUAUAGUCAUACCAAUCCACGAACACGCAGACAUUUUCGACACGGACAAGAAACUAAAUUCGAGGUUGCCUAUUUUCGAGGAUUCUGUUACGAGGUUUGAAAACGUUUGUUAGACAUUUCAAGACACACGCAUGGAAAAUGAAUACUCAUGCGCGAGCAAAAUUGUUUCCUUCGAUGGAAAUGAAAUAAAAAAUAAAUUUCGAAAGUAAUAAUUAAGGAGGCAAGUUAAUGUUCUUUCACAUUUUCAGGCUGUUAAAGUGUAUAACCGCAGUGAUCUUUAAUAAAAAAUGCGAGUACCCUGUAUUUUUGAUCAGUGUGUAGCUUGCAGAUUCUUUAAGAAUGCCGCUUUCAAAAUCACAGUAUAUGGCGGUUAAUCAACCGAUCAAAUUUUUAGGAGUAAUCAUCGCAUUUCCACCUUGCGAUCAUACCAGCUAUUUGUAUAGCUCUUGUUGUUUUAUUUCCUCAUUUGCGGUGUAAGAAGAAAGCUUUUGUUAACGGAUAUUUUCCUCCAUCAGCCUCCGCCGUAAAGGCUGCUUUUACCGAUAAUGCUUUUCUCUUACAUAGAAGGGUUUGUUUUCACCAAAGCGCUCGUCAGGGUGCAUACCUUUAUCAAACUACACAAAGAGAUUAACUGGGACAGCGAAUGUUUGCACUGCGGUUCCAGUCACCCUGCUUUGGUUAUCAUCCAAUCAUUUUAAAUCUGGCCAAACCUGAACCAGUGCGAUGUUUGAUUUCCUGCGAAAGCUAUGAAAUUGCUACUGUUCCUAUUUGUAGUGGACACAGAUGCAUUUUCUGGUGUAAAAAAAUUCUUCGGAUCCGAUGAAGACAAAGAAUUUGUCGAUCCAUUCACCGUCGUUCAGUUCGCAGGGAAAGAGGUUCGUAUGUCCCAUUUGUGUGCUGCAUAAAUAUCAAAUUAUCAUCCACUUGAGGCUAAAGCUAACAACAACUAACCUUGGGACCUUUUAUCUGCAGAUAAAAUCUUCAGUGAAAAAGGGAACAGAUCAUCCAGAAUGGUACGAGGAAAUGAAACUUGCUGUGCAGGUAAUUAUUUGAGAAAACGCAAGACCAUUUUUAACCGCAAGUACUUUAAGCAGGUUAUACUUGCAAUAUAUUUCCUUGUUAAUUCUCAGAGUACACUACUCUUUUGUAAGUCUUUGUUUGCAUAUAAAAGUGAAGAACGACUUUUAAGUGAAGGCAGUUGAACACAAGAUGUUAUUGUCGCAACUGGUGUUAAUCGGCUGUACUUAGACUCAGCGUGGACUAGUGUAAGGGAGGAGAAAUUAGAUUGGGAAUUUAUGCGAUCAAGCUUAUUCACCAAAACCAGCUUUUUGUAAUACUUGCGGAACUGUCGACUUUCUUUAGGCGAAUGCAAUAAAACCAGGAGGAUGACUUUUAAACGCCUUGUCUUCUUUUUCUUUCAGUUUCCAUCAAUGUGCGACAAACUUGUCAUUACUGUUUAUGACUGGUAAGUUUCACGGAGCUUAGCUUUACGCAGACCCCCUUUGCCCUCAGUCUUUUUUCCAUGCAUGCAGAUUAUGGAGAGCAAAACAAUCGGAAACGAGAGCACCUUUCUGGCAAUACUGCCUCGAAAUUUAUUUUGUCAUAGAUACUUCGCUUCUUGUUUUUUUUCAAUCGUACUUUGGUCUUCUACUACAGAAGGCAGCAAAGAAUAAGUGCCGUUUUCGUAAGAAAAGAACAAAAAAGCAAACUACAGACAACAUGUAUCAUGAUUUUUAAAAAGAUGCAUUAAGUACUGACGUCCAUAGUAAUGGAAGUCAGUGACAUGAAUUUGUGGGCUUCUGCUCAGUAUGUGCGUUUGGUUUGAAGCUAAACUGAUAACUAUAAGAAGGAGGCUGGCGAGAAACCGCUGGUUGCCCUAACCUCCUAAAAUCUCUAGACGGGCACUUAAGCCCCACUUAUCCGACCAAGUACCUAAAAUGUAAAGUUUGACCUUGCAUAUGGGACUCUCAUAUUGUUAUUAAAUCAACAAGGAAUUUUGGAGUGACCUGUGAGCGCGGAUAUGAGAGGAGUAAUAAAUCGCAGCAAAGUUUUUAUCAAUUCCACGUUGACCGAUUAUAGGAGAUUUGAAGUGGCUGUCAAACAACAGAAUUACUGGAAAGAAGUUUUUCAUACCGCAAACUUGGCAUGGAAAAGAUAUGUCUUCAAGUGGCCAGAUGAUAACGUUUGAGCUGAUUUCUGUGCGUCUAACGGCACGGCUCGGCUCUACUAACAGCGUAAAGAAUUCCAUGCCUAUGUAACGCCCAGGAACAUACGUACCACAAGAUCCUCUUUGGUCUUCGUUGCGCGUGACAUUUAGGAUUAAGGUCCAGCAACUUUUAUGCACUUACUUUGUAAUGUCCAUUAUAGCCUCUCUGUUAACGUCUAAUACAGGGACAAAGUAUCGAAAAAUGACCCCGUUGGAACAGCAUACAUCAACAUCAAUGACAUUUCCGCACUUCGAGAAGGCGAAGACGGUUAGUUCCCACAACCGCUAUUUUGAGCGUCGUUGCGUCAUCAAGCCUAACCAGACUCAUCGUUUAUUCUGCACAGAGACCUUUCACACCGCAAUCAUAUUAACCAUGUCUAAUACACCUGCGUUUGCCAGCUCUGAUCAGCACUAACGUAUUGCCGAAGAUCCAUUUGAGCGCAAAAUCCUUCCUGUUUACUCUAUUGCACCCUUACAAACUACUUUUUCGUCCGUUGAGAAGGGAGUAUUUCUAAGUACAAACGUCAGUCGCCGGAAGGACUGAAUUCAGGAUUGGUGUUGAUGCCCAUUGCACUGAACGUACCUGUAGACUGACUAGAUUCUGUCAACAUCGCAUUGGAUUACGCGAAAGACGUUAAUUUGGGUUAAGAGAUUUCCCAAGUAACAUUUAAUUCCUUGUAAUACAGGGACAAAGCAACAUCGGAUGACCCCAUUGGAAGGCAUUACCUAAAACUGAAUGAGAUCGCCUUCCAAGGAGAAGUUUCUGGUAGGAGGAUGCAAUUUAGGAAUGGGGUUGAUCAUGUUCGGAAAAAAAUAUUUUGUGCUUUUAAACUUCGUACACCCCAAUGCAUGCGCGCAUCAUUGCUUCUGAAUGCACUAUCUCUGCACGUACACUGCUGUCAGUGUUUGCAUGCUAAACACAUCAACUUUUAAAUCGCACGCUCUCAUGCUUUGAAUGGUACGUUAUUUUUGGAAUAAAAAAUUGCAAUUUAUUUGAAAGGUCUGCAGACUAGUACCUGCUAUACUUAGACCGAAAUAUCGAAGGCUGCAAAUUAAUGGGCCACGACAAGAUUGGUCUCAUUAGUUUUCCCUGUGAAAAACAGCUUUAAGCCAACUCUAAACAAGCAUCUCUCCCGGGAUCGUGACCUCAUCCAGUGAACCCGUGGCAUUCAACGAAAUUCUCCGGUUCACAUGAUUAAACUUAUAAUCGCACAUACCCCGCUCGGAAUGUGAGCAGCAUCUUCACAAAGGCUAGAAAAAGGUUAGAACUCAAUGCCAUCUGCGAAAUCUCGGGCCAUCGUAUAGUGUUGCCCACAAAGACGGAUGAAAAUUGGAUUCCCUUUCCGGCUUAGUUACCGUUAUCAUUCACUACUUUCCAACCUCUAGGACCGGGAUACCUGUGAAUUGGUCCCCAUUGACUUGCCAGUUAAAUAUUCGGGGCAGACGAUCUAUGCUCUGGGCAUCUAGUCACCUCCUAUCGGCCUCUGACGGCAACCACGUCAUGAAUUAACAUUCCGCGUUGUUUUUUAUUGGCCGGCGACAACUCAGAUAGUGAUUGCUGGUUACCAUACCGUAUCUUGCAAGAAGCCUAGAUCCCUAAUUCCAAAAGAAACCAGUAAUAUUGAUUUGCACUCGGCAAUUAGGAUGGGCCGACAAAGACUAGGGUCCUGCCGAAGGUAUAGGAAAACUCAAUGGAACUCUCCUAAAAGUGUUAACCCUUUGAGCAGUGUUCGACAGAAGUCACGUUUCGAUGUGGGUUCAUUUUGUGUAUCGGAACGAAUGAUACAUUUGGGUCUAUUACGCGUGUGUGCUGGUUUCAGAUUCUAAAACAUCUUAUCUGACUGUCCAGUAGCUGGGCGUAGAACAAAACAUAAUUGCAAAGCACACGCUGCUUUUAUUGAUCUUACUACGGCCAGUAUAUUAGCAUGACAAAUGUGCAUAACUCCGGUAGCCUUAUUAUUGGUAUAAACGUCAUAGAGUUUGCAAUGGGUAGGUUGUUUUGAUAAGGAGCAGACAAGAAGCGUAGGCCCUCAUGGCGCAUUAAGGUUGAAUUUUCAAAGUCUGAAUCUGAUAGAUUAAUUACGAUAGGUCCAAUGGAUUGCGUCCGUAGUAUAAAUCCUUUUUCGAACUGUUAUAAUUUUGUUUUGAUGGUAUGGGCUUAGAUAAUUCCUUUGAGCAGACCGCCUUUUUGAGAUGAGUGUAUGCGAACAAGUGAUUCCCAUUCUGUAAAUCCUUCGGAAAUCCGGAAGAGUCUUCGAAUCCAGCAUGCCCAAAUGAUCGUUUUUUCAUAAAAGGAUCUGAGAAGCUUCAUUUAGACAGAAACGAUUUGACUAAAGGCUACUCAUUACUCCCCGAUACUUCAGGCUAUCUGCCAACGUUUGGUCCAACAUUUGUCAACUUAUACGGGUCCCCACGCGAGUUUUCGGCUCUCGGCGACAAGUACGAGGCAUUGAAUCUCGGAAAAGGUGAAGGCGCUGCCUAUCGAGGCCGGGUUUUCUGCGAAUUAUCUACUCAGCUCACGGAUGAACCCCAAGAAAGCGGAAUCGUUCCAAUUAGCGAUGAUAACAAACAGCGCGUGCAGGUAAUUUUACCGACCGUACAUACUGUAUAGUGAUUAGAUAGUGCGCAUUUUACAAACGAAGGCACUUAUAUACAGACUUUUUAAAAUAAUCCCAAUUGUUAACAGCAAAAACUAGAAGCAUAAAUGUUUCCACACAGUUUUACUACUGAUCUAAACAUCUUCGAAUUAUAUUGCUCAAAGACAAAAAUUCGUGACAGGCUAUCAUCAUGUGUUUUUCCGAUCCCAGAAAUUCAUGAGACGCCGGAAGUUUAUGCUGCACGCAGCCUUCUAUCAGGCCAAUAUGGUAGACGUUACCGACGCCCCCGUCUCCUUCGAAGUAAGCAUCGGCAACUUUGGUAACAACCUGGACGAGACUAUCGGACCAUCUGCUUCAACCACACACCCAACUAAUGCAGUUUUUGAUGGCUGCUACUACAACUUCUUGCCAUGGGGGGACUCCAAGCCCUGCGUCAUGGUUGAUUCGCAGUGGGAAGAUAUUUCUUACCGACUAUACGCAGUGAAUAUGCUUUCACGCAUUUACGACGAUCUGGUAAGACUUGAUGAGCGUGCUUUUUCUAUGAGACUUCACAAGCGUCGCUGGUCCUCGUGAAUGCUUUUUAUGACAAGGCCAUAAAUAACGUUCCGUUAAUGUGUCUACUUUUUAACUAAAAGUACGCAUUUAUUCUAACUUUAAUGUUUAACUUUUCUGAUAUAGGAAUACGGCAUAGAAGGCAUUGAGAUGAGCCUGAAAGUGGAUAUGGAAGAGCAAGACCUCGCAAAUACCGUCAUUACCUGUCUCGACGAGUUGAUUCUAAACUGCUCGUACGUCAGAGUAUUGUAUUUAACCUUUCUGAAGUCUUUCUCUUCCUCUCAGCCACGUUUUUAAAGUUAUUUCUCCAUAGCUUCUUGUAAUGUAUGUCCCACGCACCGACUAAGGGUGAUGCUUGAGCGCUUAUUACUGAAAGUAGUCCGAGAAAAAGCGGUAAUAGUUAUGAAAAGGACGAUAAAGGUGACUAUAAUAAUAAUGGUGUUGGGGGCGGUAGCGGUGAUGGUCGUCGUCGUGGUGAUGAUGAUUCUGUCAGACGCCAAUUACUCUGGAGGUUUUAUCUUAUACCUUCUGCACACAACUCAUACCAGACCUAAGCUUAUAAGUUGCAAUACGGCGUAUUUUGACGCUCAAGUAUACAAGUGACUUUGGCCAUGUGGAAGACUGCCGACCAGUGCUGAUGUCCAGUUGUUUUGGUCGCUUCGGUGAUGCUUCCUGGCAAACAGCAGCUUGCGUUAGGUGCCCCAGACGCCAUAUUAAACUUUUAUCGCCUCAGCAUCCUCUGGCGUCCAUUUUAUAGGCAGCUGGAAAUUGAAAGCUUCCGGUUCGCAGUUUAUUAACUCUGGUUGCUUGUAAGUGCGGUAUUCAACAUUGCCUUUCUCACUUUGGAACGUCGGUAUUGCCAACAUUCGAAUCUGUCAGCAGAAUUGAUAUUUCUUUUCCCUGCAUGGUGCAAUUAACCGUGCAUUGAAGCAGUCAGCUACAGGCAAAGGAUGAGGUGUUGUACUCUUGUACUCCUUGUGGAAUAUUGUUGUUUCUGUGUGUAUACCUGCAAAUUUUGAUUGGAAACUGUCUCGCACUUUAUCCUCUCUGCUUCAUCUCAGGACAAAACUGCCUGAAUGGCAUGAGGCCUGCACACCAAUCAACGAACUGGACAAGAAUAUUCAACGCCUUCGGGAGGAUGACAUUAAGUCCAUUGUGGAGCAGGCAACCAAACUGAGAGAGGAGGCUACCACGGUGGAGGAGGUCAUUCCUGAGCUAAAGCGCUAUCUUGCUAUGAUCAAGAAACUAAUAACUGAGGUAAAUUGAAUGAAAGCACAACUUUGACUGAGUCUACUCCUACGCCGCUGAAUAUAUUGCAUCUUAGAACACCCGAUAGAAAUAGUCUGGGUUGACAUGUAGUGAGCGUUCAACCCCUAAUCCAUCUACAAUUUUGAGCAAAUAUUUCUCGACCCGAUAAGGUCAGACCAGGUUAGAUGGUAGCUGCGUACAACGCGCGUCCUGCUACUGAACUUACUCACCUUGGGCUGCACAGCCUUCAUGAGAUUGUAAGCAGUGCGUACAACUGGUGUGGGUUUUGUACUCUUUCUCGCCUCAUCUUCUUUUAACCCCGUCCGGCCUCCUGCAGCUGCUUUUCUUCCGGUUGGGAAGUUCCUUUUUGUUUUACUUUUAGUUGUCCUGUUUACUUGACCCACGGUACCAGCAAGUCCUAACCUGCACGCGAAUUGUGAUCGGGAGAAUUUCGUUGCUAGUAGAUAUGCCAUACAUAUUAGAUAUGUCUAGCUCCAACUCAAGUUUGCUGUGGGAAAUCACUGAAAAAUUAUUAAGCUAGUGGAAUAGGGUAUGAAUGUUUUAAUGAGCAGAGUGCUGACCAAACUGUAUUAAGGAGGGACAUAUAACGCUUAAGAUGACGUGGUCAGCACGCCACUGUUAUGAUGCUACUCCUGCAUUAUUGGGCUCGGCCAAAUAAUGACAAAUGAGAAGUGUCGAGAAUGGUGCAUUGCCCUUGAGAAUCAACUACGUGCUGACGUCUUUCUGCUAGACUAAAGUUUAUCAAUUUGCAGCCAACCAUUUAUAACAAAACAAACAGACUGAUCGAAGCUAACUCAAGUUCAUUGGCGAACAGGAAAACGUGUCGAGCACCCCAAAGAUAUGUGGACGCACGUUGCUUGUGUCUAUGUAGUUCCACUUUAGUCAUAGCUUAUUUUCUUUCUGUUUCAUUUUCCCAAAUAUUAAAACGCAGAUCGAUAGGAUCCGACGUUAGAGAAUAUCUUGUCCACUAUGUUUUAUUCUUCUUUGAUGUGCACUUAUUUGAUUAGCUUCCUACUACAAGAGGCUCUUUUUAGGGGAGUAAGUGCAGUAAGCCUAAGAUUUUGCCUUGUGACCGCUUAAAAUUUCAGGCACUAUGUAGAGAUAGGGAAAAGUUUUAGUUUGUGCUUAUUUCCCGUUAAUAGCUUGGGUAGCUUAGUUACUCGAAAGGAGUAGACAUGAGUGGGUUACCUAUGCGAUUUCUUGUACAUUUGCUGGAAUGUUCUGCAGGCUUCCUCAGAAGUGUUUAACAGUCAUGAAUGAACCUGUCAGGCAAUUGAAAAUAUUAGUAGUUUUAAAAAUUGCAAUCUUUUCCACGGCAAACUAUGAAGGACAGGAAACUAUCACGGUUGGCAAUUGUGUGUUGUGAGAGGCAUUCAAACAACCGACGUCCCGUUCUACCCCGGGCCCUCUACCGCUGAAGUAGGGGUGAUACCCUUCCAUACCAUGUUUGCGCCCUAUUUUUAUGGUACGCCAGUGGCAAUUUUAUACAAGUAAGAAAUCGUGGCUUAUGGUGAUAGAGGGGCGAUCACCGACCACCUUACGGAACUCACUCAUCCCGCUGUGUCUUGGGGCCCUCUCUCCCUCGAGCGCCGCCAGCAGCAGCCGCACAGAGACGUUAGGCUUCUAACCAACAGGUCGGGGGAUCGAGCCCCAGCUGCUGCAUACCUCGAGGUUGCGUAUGGCUAGCUGACGUUGACUAAUAAGCCAGAAAUGGCCAUUCCAGUUUCUCUUGUCUUUGUCGGUAAUGCUAUUCAGCGUGGUCACUGCAAAAUUUGACCGUUAGAUAGUAUGGUCUAGCCAAAUCCAGACUGUAGAGCACCUUCACGUGAGAGGCCUUAUCAAGUUGGACACACUGAGCAUAUGCAAGCGUUGCAAGGUUGCGACAGAAGAGGAUGUUCAUGGAGCAUAUGUGAGGUUUGUCUGGCACCUACACAUUUUGAAUAUACAACAGCUUCAUUGGGGUAUCCUGGUCUUCUUUUUACAGCUGCUUUGAGCUUCCAAGUCUUCAUUAAUAAGUGCGUAAUUUCCUCCUGUAGCCCCAAAACAGUAUGCCCGACGUCAUAGUAUGGAUGAUAGCUGGAGAAAAACGUGUGGCCUAUUUCCGUAUUCCCGCCUACGAUUUGCUCUACUCUGAAGAAGAACUGUAUCGCGGCCGAUAUUGUGGUAUAACUCGGACUAUUCAGCUGAAGGUCAGUUAUUUUUGAGUCCUUCACCAAAAAUCAUACACUCUGCUUAAGCAAAUGUUAUCAUUUACGAAUAAAAUACCAGCCUGCCUAGUUUCGCGCAGAGUCCAAUUGAAGUUUUACGUCUUAUGUGUCCUCCUCCUAGGUUCCUAUGUUAAACACCGAUGAUAAGGCCGAACACUGGAAGAUACCUGCGCAAGUUCGUUUAUCGUUGUGGCUGGGGUUGGAGAAGGAUCAAGCAAACUGGCUUGAACGCAACGACGAGGGUCAUGUGAUUGUCGUCGCGGAAACAGUGCGUUGAUCCGUCUGAACUACUGAAAUAGUUUCAAUAACAAAUAUCAUUGUAUUUAAAUAUUCAACUUCCUUUCAUCUAGUACGAGAACCAGGCCAGCAUUGCUGGCAGCUGGAGCUCUCGAAAGCCUCCCCUCACUCGGAGUCCAUGGACCGAUGUUACCGGCAAAAUGGAAUUGCCGAAAGAGGGCUUCGUUCCACCAGAGGGGUGGAAGUGGGAUGGCGACUGGGAAGUUAGCCCCGAGAUAUCUCUGCUGUUCAAGAAGGUAAGGCUCCAUACGGUAAACAAUUAACAUAUUGCCGUUAUAUGAAGCCCUGAAACAGCCUAGAUAAUCCAUUAAUGAUUUAAAAUCGAUAAAAUCUUGCGUUUUUAGAGCACAAAGACUACAUUGUUUUUAACCUAAUGACCAUUAAUGUGACAAUGCCCUGUAGCACCACACUACACGAAAUGUGAAACUUCUUUCAUUUUGCAUGUUUUAGGACGCAGGAGCAACAAGUUUCGUGGAAUCCAUUUAUUAUAAUGAGACGAGGACUCCUGUAACAGGCUGGGCUCCGGCUUCGGUACCCUACACUGACUCGUCAGGCGAACCGAAGACUUCGAUCGAUGACUUUCCCCUCCCUGAUGGUUGGGUGUGGGAGGAUGACGCUUGGCAGGUGGAUCUUAGCAGACCGUGCGAUGAAGAAGGUAGCUCAAAUCGCAGCACAACCUGGGACUUUUUGUUCGCAGGGUCUUUUUUAUCCGCUCAUACUAACCCUAUAUUUCCAUCUUAUACGUAAGGAAGUAUAAUUCUGGUUAAACAUCAGUUGUGUGACACCUAUGUCUUGUAGCACUAAGCCAACCACAAGUAAGAUGUUGGGCUUUAUAAACGUUCAUUACUAUCGCUCCUUGAACUUAUAUUUAGGUUUCGAAUAUACCGUGGAUGCCAAAGUUGGAAACUACGUCGCCGUAGAGAAAGUUUACCAUAUGGCCCGCAGGAAGCGCUUGACUCGCAAACGUGUUGUUUCUGAUCCGACAAAGAGUGUAAAGGAAGAUGUAAGUGGCAAUUUGGAUCCUGUUACUAUUUUUUACGUUUGACAUCUGUCUAAAAUGGUCAUUCUGUAAUACCCGAAAUCUUGCCAAAAUCAUUAAAUUAAACAAGCCCAAUGUUUUCCUCCUAAACCAAUUGCAAACCAGGUUAUCCUGUCUUCUGCCAGGCAAGCAAUACUAGUUAUUAUAAGUAGUUGGCCACAGCCCGAAGGGUAAAACGUCACCUGAGGGACUAAAAAUAAACUGGUUGCAUGUUGUCGUAGACAAUUCACAAACGCCCGCAAAAUGGGAAAAGUCGGGCGAUAAUAGCCAAACAAAUAGACUAGGAAGAAGUCAGAUCAUCUGAAAUGCUAUUAUUGGUGUCCAAACACCUGCGAUUUGUGGAUGUUUGAUCAAAUAUCACUGGCCGUUAAGGCCUUCUACAAUAACCCUGUUAUUCCGGCGAAAUUUCAUGGCAAGUCGAUUCAAAAUCGUAGAACUUUGCCGGAAUAAGGGCUUAGAGUAGUACUUGUUGAAAAAACUCCUAUGCCACGCAGAAGGCUAAAGAUGUUUAGAAGAAGUCAUAUUAUUUCAGUAGUGGAUGAGAACGACAACCCAGACCUUACGUUCAGGGUUACCGUUUUGUCCAUCUUGUGACAUGCUGGCUGGGCAUAGAACCUCCACCAAUGCGCCAAUCAAACGUUCUAUUGAUUGACUCGCAUCUUCCAACGGUGUACGAAAGCAUUCCGAGGUGCAUUGAUUUUUUUGACCCGCGGGCACGAGCUUUCCGGAAAAGUCGGUUUGUUUUUUGGCUCUUAAAGAGUUCUCCAGGAAAAUUUUGGCGUGUUUUCGCACAAACUAUCAUACAUCAUUAGUUUUCAAAUUUGACGUACCAAUGAUACGUUUACUCAAACGGUCGCGGGUACCUCACGGAGAUGUUUGGUGUCAUAAUGAAAAACGUCCCUAUUAAAAUCGGGGUCGUUGAUAUCUCCUUCACCAGUUAACGCUAUAUCCACUUAGAAUGCGUUUUAGACAGGACCGCAACAGCGUUGAUGGAGCUUUAAAAGAUGUUAAAUUAUUGGUCGCUGUAAAGUGUACUAUGUGUUCCUGUUCUACCCUAGAGUGCGCACAUCCAGCCUUUGAACUUAGCAAAGCGCUACUUUUUUUCUAGAUGUCGAUGCUAGGUAGAUGGCGGAGACUUCACCCUUUCAUUAUUUUUUCUGUAGCUCGUUGCUCAAAUGAUGUCGAAGAAGAAGGUUUGUUAAGAGUGCUCCGUUUAUUUCGCAGCUGCCUUAAACGCCGCUCUUAAUGCCCCUUCCCAUUCACUCCUAACUCAUGGAUAUUAAUUUGGUUCAUUCCGCUUCGCUUUCCCAUUAUCGUCCUCCCUCAAACCAAGUGAUUCAGUUUCCCGUGGUGUUUAACUUUUGUGUUUUUCUUUUGCUUUUCAGGACCAACGGCUAAGUCUCCUUGUACGUUUCAGACAAGUAGUCUCUCAUUUGCACUUGUCACUGCAGGCUGAAUGUUUCACAACACUUCUGUACUUGCACUUUAGUUGUCUUUUUUUCAAGGGCAAAGUACAAUCAGUUCACUGAUGCUAUCCCGGGCUGAUUAGAUACUUGCUUCUCCCUGCAUAAAAUGUUAGGUAUAGUUGCGCAAUCAACCCUGAAUUAAAUGCGGCGCUUACUCCUGGUUCGAGGCAUAAGUCCAUUUGUUAAUUCCAAUGUGCGUAUUACCUCUCUGUGGUGAGACUUUCGACUGUCGGAUGAAAUGUCACCCGAAAGACUAGUUGAGGGCGGGGCUGCAUUGCUAACGAUCCGAAUCGUGAGGCAUUCAAAAAUGAAUGAAAAUCUCUUCUCCGGUUUAGGAGAUUGGAGGUUGAAAUGGUCUUGCGGCUGUUCCUACCCCUUCUUCCGUUUAAGUUUGUCUUAUACAUGUGCGCAACGCAUUUAUGUGAGGACAUAGUACUGGUGACCGGCCCCGUUCAUCUCCGACCCCAGCAUACCGGACCACCUCGGUGUGCCCUCAUUCCGUCCCUCAAUGAGGCAGGGGAGGGGGGAGCCCUAAUCCCACGUAAGUUUAGUAGAAAUCAGAGCUCUGAAGGUCCUGAGAAGACCUACAACCUUGGGUCUUCCUAGUCCCAUCGACAGUGGGGUGUUCUGGUGGAGAAUAAACACGUACAAUUUUCUGAAAGUUCAACCAACGUAAGCGUGGUUCAGCGAACGCAAGUUGUUAUUCUGAAGUAAUAAUAUGAUUGGUUGACUGGUUGGCUGGUGAGAAACCUAGAGAUCUCUCUAAUCACUGGCGUCUUUUUAAUUCUACCCCCUUUCCAAAUAAAUAUACUGUCCUGAAGAGAAUUUAUCGAAAGGGAACGUAUGCUCGCCAUCUGGUCUUUUGAACCUACAGAUUAUUAAAGUGAAGGGCCAGAUGACCUGUCAAGAACUCCCUGAUAGGAGAUUUAUAAAGACCUUCUUCCGACUAUCACCGAUUUUAAAGCAUGUAUCAUUAUAAACGAGCUCUAAUUAUGCAGUCCAAUCGUUCGUAAAUCGAAAAGCAGGCGUUUAAUUCGGCAUUUCUUUGCCCCGGAGGUUGCUUUUAGGCACGGGUAGUUCUCUGGGCGUUUAACACAUUCGUCUGUCAAGUUUGACGGAAACAAGUAGCUCGUCGUGGUUAACUAGAUAACGUCACAUCGGUCGUCCGUUGGCCGCCUCUUUUUCGUGCCUGGCAUAGUGAGGAUUUGUGUGUUAAUUGGCUCCUAUCUGCCUGUCCUGUCAGCGAGGAAGUAAAAGGUGGUUUGCCUGUAUGCAUUAGGACUUCGACUCUGUAAAUCAGUGCAGAAAAGGGCAGGACAUUGUGAUGGGUUCAAGCCUACAGAGUCUACUCAUGGCAACCACUAUUACCUCACAGGAAACUGUUUCUGCCUUGGUAGAAGUUUUAGGUAUCCACACAUUAUUCACAAAUCAGAAAGGCGUCAUAUCGGUACCCAAUAAUGCUGAAUCUUGGCCACGUUUAUCACAGGAAUUUCAUCAUUUCGACAGGCAUUUACUAAGGAAGUUUAACACUUUGAGUAAACAGUAGGUCACAAGUCCAAAUUAGUUUGGACUGAAAUAGGAACUAUCUCAAGUGUACCGAUACCAAAAUGUUUUGGAUAUUUCUCCGAAUUUUGAACGUUUUAAAAGAGGGGGGAACAUAUAACCAAGGGUCAGAAGCCGAUGUGUCCGAAAUGGUAAAUUAAUGUCGAACCCUGUCUGCCAAACCGACACUUCCAGUUUUAUGUGAAAUCCCUCUGAUGCAUAGUUUACGUUAGCUCUGCUGGCUGCAUCAACGUUUCACAAAGCACCUUUUGACGUUGUCGUUUCAGAGCAGCAUGACCCCCGCCGCGGCGGAGGGUUGGGAAUACGCCCUGCACUUUACCAGUAGAUUCCACGCAACGAAAAAGACCACGGAUUCCGUUCGUCGGCGUCGGUGGCACAGAAGGAUGCUCCCAUUGAACCCGAAUAUUAUUGUGCCUGGCGUCUUCCAGUUCACCACGGAGAAGGAGGAGAGCGAGGUUAGCUGGCAAAACCAUAAAUGCCUUCAAUUAAUCAUUUCAGCUUUUGACUGUUUCUGCUCUUUACGAUAAAUAUCGGUGCUGUGUGCAACUAUUCUUGGAGAUGUACGCGUGUCUCACGACAAAAUAAUACUUAAAAACUUGCUGAAGUCUGGCGAAAGAAGCGGAAUCUCCAUUGAGAGAAAAUGUUCUUCAACGUCUGUGGUCUGCAUUCCAACAUUUCGUGCUUUUUAGCUCUGAGUUCAUCCGACUUUCGUCAAUCACAGCAUUAAUUUCAAGUUAUUACUAGUCUUAAAAUGUCUUCUCGCGUAUAAUUAUAUUCUCCCCAGGCUCAAUUAGUAAGUUCGAAGAUUCUGAUGGAGUUCAAAAGCGAAUCGCCGCCCACCUUUAAAUCCAGGCAAAAAGUUCGAGUGGAUAGUCUGAUGGGCUUCCUUUUCAAGUAUCAUCCAAAACUGUCUACUGAUCCCCUCCUUACUCCUCGCCCAAUACAAGCCUUGUCUAUCUCUGUGGUCAGAGAACAUUUUUAUUCAUGCUCUGCUAUUAAUUAAACGUCCUCUCAUGAAAUGUGACCCUAGGAAAAGAAGAAGAAGAAGGACAAGAAAAAGAAGGUGAGUGGCCUCUAACCAGCGCCAUCGCAGUCACUCCGGUUGCAUCAAACUUUCGAUUUUUAACACGCUAUAUCAAGCUUGCUCCCGCCCCAGCCGUGUUUUUCAGCGCUUGUUGUGUCUUUUUCCUCUGUUGGAACACAAGAGAUCAAGUUUUCUUGAAAUAUUUUGCCGAGUUUACUCAGACAUGUACCACGCAUCCUGACCUCAUUAGCAGUUUUCAUAUUUAACAUGUUUUGCAUCCAUAAGACGUGUAAGCACAAAUGCUCGAGCCUCACCAGCCGAUUAAAACCGACUAAUCCAGUCUGUAGUGAGUUACUAGAACAUCCUUGGUAUAAUUGUUCCCAAGGCUUACCUUCUGAUUAGACGUCGACUUUAAGUCAGCAAACGAACCAAUGAUCGUGCGUUCAUCUUCUGUGCAAUAAAAACCUGGGAUCCGCAUAUUCACUUCCAUCCGAACCAAUAAAAUUCCUUCCAACAACGAUUUAUAGUGUUACUCACUGAAGUAACACGUCUGAAAAUCGGUAGCCACGACGGGAAAGUUGAUAUGCCUGCCUUAAUGAACCGCCGCCGUCGAGAAUGAUUCAUGCGCGAUUAACAGAGGCGCGUUCCAAAAGUGCUACUGAACGCUCACUUGGUUCGCGGCGUCAGGGGCGCCCAAAGUGCCAGUUAUUAGUUCUAACGAUGAAAUGGGCAGCGGGCGUGGUCAGCCGUCGAAGGUUAAAGCCUUAUAGGAGUAAUCCACCAUAAAUUCCUUCGGUCACCUUUGCAAUCGUUCCCGUGGAUAAAAAUACCGUGUCCCCCAUGAGUGCGCUCUUUCAGCAAGACUGAAUCUGCAAACAAACCGGCGAUAAUCGUUAAUGUUGAAGGAUCUAGAAGCGCUACUUCAGUCUCAUCGGCGAAAAAAUAAGAUAUACAAUAUUUAUAGACUUUUUUGAAACAAAAGCAGAUUAGCCUGUUGCAAAUUCAUGAAAAACCUAGGCCGCAGUACACAGAUGCAGCGUCCACUUAAGGAUGACAGGAAGCUUGUAUCUGUCAAUUCAGAACACCAUCCAAAUAGUUGUGCUUAAUGGAAGCAAUUCUAGCUAGUUCUGAACAACACCUGUCAUAUGGCACGGCUACGAUAAGAGAAACAUCGGGCAGACAGUCGAUUUGAGUUGGGUAUUAGACCUAAGCGUUCAAUGAGUAACCCAUCUCAUGAAAUUUUGGCCGAAAUUCUGAAAUGCGCUUUCAAUUAGGAAGAAAUACUUACGUGGGGAAGUAAUAUAAAUUCUCACGCGACAUAAUCCUAUAACAUUUAAAACUUGUCAGAAUGUUGGCUUUUGAAUGAGCUCCUUUUCAAUUUCCUGUAAGGACUGCUGUUGGUAAAAAGUAACUACUUAAUUAGCAGGCGUUUUUUACGUUAACUUUUGAUGGCCCCAUAUAUUCAAAAAUAUUUUAUAGAAGACACACACAAAAAUAAUUUCUUCCGCUCAUUUGGUAGCAAAUCACGCCGGCUCACUUUCCCAACUCAAAGAAAGAGUACCUUUUAGUUUUAAAAAGAUAUAUAAUCAUGAGAUUUUUAAGACCGUGCAGUUGCCAUUCAUCCAGCAUUUUACCUGUCCUUUCAGUAAUGCUCCCCAUAAAGCAUACAACACAAUCCUCAUCGAUUGCAAAUUUUAUAAAAUUCACAUGGUAUCUUCAUAAAGGCAUACAGGAAUAUAUGAUUUUUUACGCGGAAAGUAUACACCUUAUAGCUGAAAUCGCUGAACCCAUAUGCAAACGCUGAUCUGGUUUGUUAUUAUUCGGGAACUAGAAAACCUUUCAAAACCUAAAUAUACGCUUUUCUCGAGUACAAAAUAUAAAAAUUACGCGAUAUGCUAUCAAGUGAAUAAGGCGAAAAUACUUUUGGGCGUUUUCUGUUAAAUAUAUUUAACUGUAUAGAGUGUUUGAAAAUCAACAUGAAAGCGCACACUACUUAAGUUGUCAUUAUUGCCGAGUUUGGCCUUUACAACAGGCCGCUAAGGAGUGCAUUCAAUCAACAUCCUGGCGAGUCAGAAAUGUCAUGGAAUUUUGCUGCGUGAUUAUUAAUAUUACAACCCCACCUAUGUAAUCUUUCUUAACCGAAAACGUAUUUCAGUAUAUCGGCUAAUAUUUGAUGAGAUGGACCACUGAAUUUCCAAGCCUAGUUGACAUUAACCGCGAAUCAGCCACACUCCAUCAGCAAAACACUAGCCUCCUAAUUUGAUUCUGAAUGAUUAUUUUUGGACUGACUGAUGGCCAACGCUAGAACGUACCUUUGCCACCUGGGUUAAUUUGCAUCUGAGUUGCUUUGGGACUGUGCAUCGGCGUGGAUUUCCUGUUUAAAGAGGCGUGUCACUGUUUUCAAUCAGACCAGGUCGGUAUAUAACGCUUGGGCAUAAAGUACGAUAAUAUUCACCAAAGCUUGAACAUGUAACUUAGUGGCAAAGUGCUCGACCUCAUUUGAAUUGCAGGUCGCCGACCGAAUUAUAGAUCUUCGUUUUCUGGGGUAUGCAGCCGGGAUAAUUAUAGAUGAUUGAAGAUCACGACUUUUCGAUAAGCGUCCACUCUUAUAUUUUUGACCCACGUAAACAUAUCUACCUGUCCAAAUACAUGUCAUCUUGCGUCAAAUGCACGUCCUCUUAUAGGCCCGAGAUUGGGUAGCCAAGUGUGAUCCCUGCCGCGGUUGCAGUUCUAAGUCCCCUCGCUCUCUUAUAUUUCGCUCUCCACAUAAAUAAUGAGUCUGCAGAAUGGUGACUUAAUAAAAGUAAACAAAAGUGGAUAUUAACCCAGUAAAUGCAUGCUUUUGAGAAGGAUUCCUGUGUGAGUGGAAUGCGAAAAUGUUGUACUGCAAAUGCCAGUAUGAUUGUUUGCAUGCAUGCAACGAUCCCUAAAAUGUCCGGUUUCUAAGUAUUCUUGGGGAAAAAGUAGAUUUUGCAGCCACUAUGAUUAUCUCCCCCCGCAAUACGGCAUCCUAAGGUCUCUUUCAAAAUCAUAUCCACUCCCGUCAAAUAAAGCAUGUUCGCAUUGGGUAUGCUCCGUGUAGAGAAAUUAGACCACAUCCGUCGUUGGGACGUUGAUAUCAACUAAGUGGAGUAUAAAAAGAACGGCACGUUCCAGGGAUACUGCUCUGCAUCAGCCGAGGAAAUAUUCGAGAAGCGUUUUCCUUUCUCGACUAUGCGCUCAUUACAUCAGCAAUGUCUGCUUUACGUCCCUCUCUCUCAUUUCUGUAGUUAGGGGCAUCCUGCUCGUAUUGUUAAGCUUAUGCUAUUCUUAUAUUAGUCCACACAACGUAAAGACGAUCAGUGUUUUGUGUUUUCAUACCGUUUUUACUAUGUAACUUCAUUUCUGACGAUCAUAAACACAGGCUAGACAACAUAUUCCAAAUUUUUAUGCAGACUGGUUUCUCUCAAAAACUAUCUCCUUGAUUUAGGGGGUGCCAAAUGUGCUUAUUUACAAUAUCGCAAACUGACGCCGCCCAUUCUGAUUGGCUGCAUGCUCUUCCCUUUCAUUUGCCUCCCCGCUUAUGUUUGUAAUGCAAGUAUCUAGGACCUUUAUAGGUGUGCUCCGUUUAAUUAAAGUUCCGUUUCGCAUUCUAGAAGGAGAACAUGGCAACUCCUCGAAUUUUUGUGAAAUAUGAUAGUAAGUGGACUAUGAGUGAUACGUGUAUUUGAACUGUAAAGAGGAAGAUUGUGUAUUUAUUAGAUAAACUCAUUGCGCAAAACCACACUCCAAAGCUAACGAACUGCUUUUGUAGCCGCGAUACACUGGCAGUUAAGAGCCUACAUCUUCCAGGCUCGUGGUCUGUUGGCUGGAGAUCAAACGGGUCUGUCCGAUCCCUAUGUGCGUGUUAACUUUGUGAACCAAUCCCAGAAGACCGAACGGCUCGAGAAGACACUGUGCCCUCAGUGGGAUCAGACGCUCAUCUUCGAGGACAUAGCACUGCAUGGCAGUCCGGAGUCAGUCAUGAAUUCGCCACCACCAGUCACAAUUGAAAUAUUUGACUGGGAUCAAAUAGGAACGGAUACAUACCUUGGUCGUUGCAGGGUAAUAUCUAAGUUCUCCUACGAUUUUCCUUCCCCCAAUUGAAUCUAUCCAAGCAAAAAAGAGGUCCUUCAGCUUUCGCAGGCUAAAACUAUAAUAUUUUUUCCCCCAGACUGAACCCGUAGUAGUCACUGAACCCAGUCAUUCCAAAGAUGUCCUCCUCCAGUGGUACCGAUUUGACUGUGUUGGCAAAGACGGUGGUGAAUUACUCGCGGCAUUUGAACUUAUCCUGGUAAGUCCGUCCAUUGUAGUCUAGAUUUAGUUUUACUUACCUUUGGCCGAUCCUUCUCGUUAGCCCUUAUCGACAAACCACUGUGCUUGACUUGUGGUGUAGGUGUUUACGGUAUAGAGGGGGAGUCGGUAGUUGGCAUUUCAGGUAAGCUAUAAGACGGAUCUCUAAGUACUAACCUUAGCAAAUAUUCCGUUUGGUUGCAUGUAAUUAAAAUAGCACGUGUUGCCGUACUAAAGAACUGCAUGCAGCUUAAUUGACAGGAAGUCGCUUCAAGGGUUACCCAAGCACUAAGACUUCGGUCAAAGGCUAGAAUCCGCUGUGGAGCAAAAAUUUUGUUGAAGUAACUGAAAUCGAUGUAAGUUUUCAAGGUGAAAGUGUGAUAAGAUGCGAUGAACAUGGCUCUGGGGCCGGGGCGACCAUAAUUCAGACGGUACGGCUUGUCCAAUAUUCCAUCUUCAAAGGGGAUCUGCGUACCAUUGUCUCGUUUCGACUAUUGUCACCAGGCCGAGUAGGGAGUGUUGCGGCGUCUAGGGGAAGCUUCAUCUUCGAUCGAUCUGCAUUCCGAAAUACACUUCUGUUUACUGUUUAUACUUCGUUGGUGGUUUCAAAGUAGUUCGAUUACCAAGCGCGAACUUGGCGACAUCGACAAAGUCUUAUAUAGGAGGAAAAUCUACGACAAGGUGCCUUGGCUUCAUGUCUGCCAUUCUCCUACUAUACGACAGUCGUAUUCCAUUGUAAACUACUGGACUUAUUAGUCCACAGAAUAUCAUUUUACACAUCUGCCUUAUUAUGAAGUCUUUGCAUAUAAGUUUUGUUAGCAACAUUCUCCCGUUCACUCAUCCCAAUAAGGGAUUCGCGAGAAGCUACUCGAGGUCCUCGCAUCUGGCCGCGCCUGAACAGACGAGUUCUUUUUUCCUAGAAGAAUAUGACUAAUUUUUACUGGGUUGCCUCAAAUCUGACUGCUACCUUGUUGUGAGAAUUCUUAAUGUGGAAGUAAUAUUCAUUGUGUUUUCAGUUGGAAGGUCAACCUGCUCGGCCUCCACCACCAAUGCGUGGAAAACUCUAUAUGGUCCCUGAUGGAAUCCGUCCAGUCCUUCAACCAACUGCGAUUGAAGUCCUUUGCUGGGGUGUCCGAAACAUGCGAAAAUAUCAGUUGGCCAACGUCAACUCCCCGUCCAUUGAGAUUGACAUUGGUGGCAACAUUUUACACUCAGAUACUAUUAAGAAUGUGAAGCGAACACCUAAUUUCCCGAAGCCUUUGAUGUAUCUGAAAGCCAACCUUCCUAAAGAGGCGCUCUACAUGCCCCCGAUCAAUAUUAUGGUUCGCGAUAAUCGUCCUUUUGGUCGAAAACCUGUUGUCGGAACACACGUGCUCAGUGACAUUUCCAAGUUCAGGGUGGAACCUUUAUAUCAACCCUACGAUCCUCUGGAAAAAAUUCCAGGUACUGACAUGCCUCAUUUCCUUGUCUUUAUGCUAUUAAACGAUAAUCGCAUACAAUCAGCACUUCGAAGUUCUCUUACCUUUGAGAUCAACUUAAUCUAGGGUGUCACGAGAUUAGCUGCUGAACUUGCUGACAACUAUGUCUGUAGUAUUGUUCCAGAAAAUUUUCCCAAUAUAACUCCAGAGAGCCCGUCAAGAUGUGUCCCCGUCUUCUUUACUAACUUACAAGUCCGUGUAUUUGGUAAUUACUAUGUGAGUACAGGAGGUACUAUGAAUUGUUUUGGCGGUAGCAGUAUUUUCACUAACAAGGGAGAAUUAAAACAGAAAGCAUCCCAAAACUGAACUACCAACCACUUUACUCACGUCAGUUUGCUGAUUGUUUCGCCAGCAGCGCCAUUCACUAGUCAAACGAGUCACGUACAGAAAAUACGAUUAUUCGCUAAUGCGUCGGACGACCUUGUAGUCAAGGCACUAGGCCACAGGGCAUGAAUCCCUUGGAGCGCAUUUGCUGGUCCAGAGUUUCAUAUUUCAACAGAAAUCUUGCGAAAAUUGGCUCUAGUCAUGACAGAAAUCGAGGUGCUUGUUUGAAUGCUCCAUCCCUAGGAGACAUACGACUUUUCAUAAAGUUCCCUUCUACUUUACAUACGUUUGCAUUAAAAUUGAAGCAAAUUGUCACAAGAAAGCCUGGUGUGUGAUGGCAUAUGUAAGUGCCUCGAUAGAGCAAGGCGACUUCUACGUUUCUGCUCAGGUCUUCCUCACCUAAAUUGGCUCUCCAGGUAGACUUUAGGGACCAGUAUCCUUUUGUUACAUCAUAUUCAACCCUCCGCACCUUUGUUCUCGUUUGCAUCCCACAAAGCCGUCUACACAAACACAGCCAGUGUAGAUGUAGCGAGGAAUUUUAGAUGAUGUUCGCUGGGUAAUGAAUGGAAGGGUGAUCGAUUAUAAGCCUUAAAAUUAACCUGGUAUCCAUCGCGAAAAACUCCUUUUUCUCCAAAGUAAACCGACAGUUGUAACUGUCUAAGUAGAUUGACGGAUAAAUGGCAUCUACAAGGCCGUAAACGACUUCCACUCACAAGCAGGAAAAUUUGCCAAGCAAUAGACUCUUAACUCAAAAUUGGUACAAUAUGUUUGGAUAUGGACUGUGUAUCCGUUAACUUUAACUUUCUCUCUGUGUUUUAGAGUUAGCACGAGCCGGAUCGCCUCCACUUAUCCAUGAAGACACAAGUGCUGUUAAGGUCUACGAACCGCACACUAAGAAGCUGAAGACGGUAACCUUCAAAAUCUUGUUCAUGUCAUAAUCUCUGCUAAUCAUCCUGCCGCCAGCAUGUUGAGGGCGUAUACUCAGAUCUCCUGUAAACUUUUGAUCGAACUUAUGUGGGACAAAAAGCGGGACGACUGGUUUUUAUGUUGACAUUUAAGCUUUCCUUUUAUUUUAAGUUACGAGUUAGAGAAUUUGCUUCCCUCCCACACGGGUUAGGAAAUUGGCUUCGUGUCCCUAGACAUGUUAGUUUCCGGUACCACUGUUCAAGAUACAUAAACGUUCAACCUCAAAUUAUGUCGGAUUACGAUCCUACUGCGCAUCCCCUGGGUUUAUAAGUGGGCACAUAUCGUCCAACCGUGUACAAGUGUCCUUUGUUUCUAAAAAUGUACCAUUGAGACAGACCGGUAUUCACGAAAUCAGUUACGUCUGAGAAAUCUGACUUCUUGCUUUUCGACCACAUCUCCUUUUUCGCCUACUGUUUGUUUUAAAAUGGGUCAUGCGAAAUUCAUUCUCUGUCAUUCAGUCAUAGCCUUAACUAGGCUUGGAAUCACGCGGUCUAGCGAUAGAAAGUUCAGCUUAAUAAAAACGAAACAAGGGAUUGAAAUUAAGGGACUUACCGGGGAACACUUGUAGUAAGCCAUAUUGUCUUAUAAUGGUGCAAAUCCAAAAAAAUUCCACUCCACUCUCCGUUUUUCCCUUCCAUAACGCGUCUCGGUUACUUAAUACUCUUCGUUAUCAAACAUUCUAGAUUGAAUAUCCAAAGAAAGAGAGAACGGACGUGAUACUUCCUCCAUUUAGGUUGACGUUGACUAAUACCAUUCCAUUGUGACAUUGAAAUCUCGUUUAAGAGAAGACUUGAUUGCAUAUAUACAGUGCUCAAUGACGUCUUAAAAGUCUUUAAAGUCAAAAUAUCAGCCAUUAAAAUCAUUCAGUUCUCCCUCGGAUCCUGUUGCAUUCGGUUUCUUCUAAGAAAUACGGAAUAGCUUGUAGUGAUGGUGAAAGUUCUCUUAAAUGUUAUACCUCCAGACUGAUCCGUUUGCUUUGUGGGCGCAGAACUUGAUAUUUUUCCUUGCACUUACUUUAAUAAGGGACGAAACGUCUGAUUGAACACUGGAUUCCUUUGUUCAUUUUUCGAUCUUCGAAUUCGCACAGUACUCCUCGUUCAGAGAUAAAAUCAAAAACAAGUCGUGGCGUCCUUAACCCAAUUAGCGAGCAUUGCCACAUGUUAGGAAAUAAGUGGCAACUGCGGACGCAAGAUUAACAUGUAAAUUGACUAAGUUCUACUAACAGAUCAAGGCUUCAAUUAACUGCUUGCUUGUCCUACUUCAUGCUUGAUGAAUUAUUUCGAUGACAACAAAAUCGAACUCUUGACGCUUUUCGAAAUUGUGGGCAACUGUGUCUGAUAAUUCAUCAGUUCGUCGCACAGCCAGCUCCUGUUCGUGUAUUCGUGAUUUGAUCUUCAGUUCAGUCUGAUCUAUGUAAGUACGAGGACCUCAUCGUUCUAAAAUGAAUUACGAAGCUGAUCUGAAUGAAUUAGUAGACUCACCCAGGAGAAACCUCAGUUGGUAGUACAUCUAAUUUGACAACUUUUAAAUGGAGUGGACUUCAGGACGACACUUGGAUGUGAGGAACUAUUUUGAUUUUGAGUCUCCGGCGCAUUCACGUAUUGAGCUGGUUCCUGCAAGUUGUUUAGUUUUUUCGAAAAGGUUUAAGACCUGAGUUUUCUAUCGUUGAGACAAUUUCUCAAGAAACAAGACAAGCCAGCGGUUAUUUGAGGUCUGGGUCUGCGAUCAGAAUUUGGAUAUCCAAAAUGCUAAUUGUGGGCGGGUAUUUGCGGACGUUGAUUGGUUUAAGGACCAUGUAACUGCCACAUCUUCUGUUGCUGCUAUCUUUGGGGGGGGGGGACUGCUACACAAGUUCGGAAACUCAGGAAAACAAAUGAAAGGUUCCGGUUUUCGAUCAGUCGUCUUCUUCCCUCCUCAAAUAUUUAACUCCAUUCUUCUAUUUUUUCAGUACUUAUUUCAUAUAUGCAACGUUGCUAACUACGAAACCACAGUAAAAUACAAAUGAGAAGAAUUUACACCCCCCUGGCCUCAACACAUUCUUCUAGUAUGAGUGAUUUCGCCUCUUCGGUUGUCGCACUAGUAAAAUAACCUACCAACUAUCCUUGCAACACUUCCACGUCCUUUGAAAUAUGAAUAUGCAGUUUGCAUGACAAGAAGACUAUGCACUUUCAAUAAGACUGAAUAGCAGUUCCUUUUCCGGAUUAAUGACUGCAUUGCAACAGACCCCCUGUCUGAAUUAUAACGCUUUCCUAAAAGGUGCGGAGGCAAGGGUAACUUUUGCACACUUCUCUUCCAUACAUAUUACUUUUGAUCUCAUCUCCUGUCGUGUUCUAAGGCUUGGUCAGCAACCAAAAGUUUUCGGUGUAGAAAGGCAAGGCCAAGGCAUCGAUUCAUCUCAAGUCGUGGAGACACAAAUCGUUUCCUUCUUGCCAUUCUUCGACACAACGCACUUCUUUAUUAUUUUCAGCAGAUAGGGAAGUUGUUCUUGGAUCGGCAGAUCGCUCCUCUCAGUCAUUACUGCUCAAAGUCAUGGUUUCACUUCUCGAUUUGUAUGCAGUCCACACUAUUAAAUCACUCGACAAUUACUCGGGCAAAUUCAAAGUCGACUUCGCCUUAGUUGGAGGGAUGUAGUCCUGCUUACGUCUCGAUUCUUAAAGCAUCCAUGUUAGAGAAGUGGAAUUAUUAAAAGUUUAGAACAGGAAAAGUGCUUUAUGUAUGUGCUAAACAAAUUUUAAAUAAAGUUUGCGGUGAGAGGAACCCAACGUUUGGUCUUAUCUCAGAGAAGCCCACAGAGAAUGCAAAGAGAUUACGUUAUCGCGGGCGAGUGUGAUGCACGGAAGUAUAGAAAACUCACUUGAAUAAGAGAGACGUUGAUUUUGCUCAUACGCUAAAUCUUAGCGGAUUUAAACUAUUGCAUUUACAUGUUUACUUCACAUACUGAUGACUGGGUCGAGUAUCGUUAUAGUGUUUACUUGAGGACGUUUUAGUCGCCAUAUCUUCGCAGGUUGUUUAAGAACCGCAGCAGGCAACGUGUUAUAUCCACAUCUACCUCAAUGUUAUAUCUUUCUUCCCAGGAGACCACGGGAACUUGAAUAAUUGGUGCGGUUUAAAAGCCUACUAGUCCACCUUCUGCCACCUACAAGUGCCAUAAACUAUACCCCCAAACUGCAUUUUUCUUGAAAUUUCUUACAAAAUGUUUGCUUUGAAUAAAUUCCUGCUGUACGAGAACCUUUGGCAGGACUUCGAGGGAGAUCGAGUCAUAGUUUUUCUCGCCUGGGUUUGGUGUUCACUGAUAGUUUUUUUGUUACACCCUGCCAUGAAGGUUGUGAGGUGUGAACCACACGUGUCAUGUGAAGCUAUGCAAAUGACAUUAACCCACAGUGCUUUGAUUUUUCAUUCAAAAGAGGUAGGAAUAAUUGCAUAACUGCAGGUGCACGCUUGCUCAAGAGUGGCUUCCUUUUCGCCUUCCCCACACAAGCAGUCUGCGGUAGCCGACUCAACAUUCGGACACGUAGACAACGUGGCAACCCCUGAUGAGAGCGCGCAUUUUGCCGAUCUGAAGCCGCAAGGCCGCACGGUUGUUUUACAUUGUAAUAUGAAUGCGCACGAGUGCACCGCAUCGUUGUCCAUAACUCCCCACCACCGUCACCCAAUGAUUUUGCAGUUUGUCCUCCGUUGUGUGAUACGAAAACCUUGGUGUUUGAGGGUGUCACUGAAAACGCGUGAAAUGAGCGAGUUUCCUGUAGCGAAGUAAUGAUAAGUAAGAGUUUCACCACCACUGCUCUGAUUAUAGCAGUGUAUGAUUUCAACAGUGGCAACUAAUUGUGGGACUUCUUUGUCUGUUCAGUUGACCUCUAAGCCAGUGUUUUAAAAUUUGUGACUUAAGCCAUACGACAGGUUUAGUCUGACUAGAGCGGUUUCUUAUUCUUUUCCUUUAUGUACCUCUAUUUUCGUUAUGUGAAAAGGUAAGAAAACGGCUAACUGCACAUUAAAUCAAGCUCACCCGCGUCUAGAGAAUUGUAUCAUACCUAUCGAGUAAGGCAGCACAAAAGACGACGUUGCAUCCCUGUUCACGCUAUGCAUCAGUGUUUGUUACAAAGGCGUCCGGUGGCUGUCAAAACGUUGGUUUCUGGUGAAUCGUAUUCCCAACGAAACGAGUAGCUGGUUUUUGUUUAUGCCGCUUGAUGCGUGGAAAGAAGACAAAUCACUAUAUCGGGUGUUUUGUAAGGAGGCCAGCUAGCCAACGCAUGACCAAAAGCUGAAAUUACGCGCCAGUCGUACCAACCGUACCAGGGAAGAUAGUGGACGCGUUCUGAACAGGUACAACUCAGCUUUCUCUAUACCGUCAGCAGUUUUGAAAAAAGCAGCAGGAUAGAAUGACACAGGUUGACCGGCGAAUACGCAUGGAUAUAAAGAAAAUUGAUGUUGAAAGCUUAUCCAUGCCGUCUUCAGCCGUUCGUACCUCUAAACCAACACAUGAGACUGGAACCACAAGCAUGCGCACUAAUGAUGCGCAUGUGUCCACAGAUCAGGUCAAUGUCACAGAACUGACGUUUACCAAUGAGUCGUCUUCUGUCAGAGUAGAUUUGGUUGUUAAUUCUAUUGGAUUCCUUUGAUGCCACAGAGGGUUGAUUUUACGAACAGGCAAGCACAUAACAGUUCCUAGGCAAAUAACCGCAGAGUAGUGAUAAUGGAUGCUGACGAUUAUUCUAAGCCGGUCUGGCGUGAAGCUUCCGUCCAAAGAUGUCAGCUAUCCGAAACGCUGAUGGACAGGUUAUUCGAUAUUUUCGACUCCCCAAUACCACUGGCAUCCAAUUAGCCAUCAUCUAUUACCUUUCAUUAAAUUUCUGAGGUAACAUGUACAAGUUUUUGCUAAAUAUUCAAAGUUCCUGCGAUUACACUAGUUUAGUUGAUGUCAUUUGCAAAUUUAGUUAGUGCAGAGCACUUCUCUUUAAAUCUGAUUUCAAAGAUGUAUGACUGGAUGGGCUUUGUCACCCAGAUGUAUGGAGACUCCCUUGCACGAGUGCUGGCAUUUAGGGGACUCAACAAAACACCACUUUUUUGUGUGCCUUGCAUGUAUUGACGGUUGCUUUUAUUUAAAAAUCUGUCGUACUCACUGUGAGACGGACGGCCUUUGUGUCCGAUAAACUACCCUCUGUGUCCCUUCUUCGCGAUUGGGGGAGAUGACACUUAGUUAUUUUUGUUUCACUCAGAUGGAUCUGGCUGAGCUCGAUGCAAAUAUUGACUGGUACUCGAAAUACUACGCUUCACGAAAUAUGUGGAACAAAUGCCUUGAUUACAAGGAACGUGGGUACGAUACGUUCGUGGUAAGUUUGGUCUUCGUGUGGACCUGGCCACUUUGCAAUUUUCUCAUUAAAAACACGCCAAAUGCCAGUACUUUCACGACGUCUUCUAUUCUGUUUUAGUACUACAAAGACGAGCUGGAAAAACAAGAGGGGUUCUUCGGCUUCAUGGAUUUCUGUUCAGUAUUCCCUCUUCACCGUGGAAAGUCGACAGAUGACGACGAUGACACCUAUGCGGGUGACUUCAAGGGCACUUUCCGGGUGUACUCUCUUCCCGAGGAUCCCAAUGCUCCUCAGCCGCUCCGAUACUUGGAAACGGAGGUUCCCAAACCGGAUCCAGUUGAAUGCAUCGUUCGUGUCUACGUCAUCAAAGCAACAGACCUUCAACCCAGUGACCCUUCGGGUUUGGUAGGAUAAUUAUUGUUGCCGUUUGAUCAUUGAAAUGCUACUUCAUAAACAAAUAAAUUGCAUAGGAACUUGUGCAUUGUCUGUCGCUGAUCAAUUGAAUGAUAUGUUUAUGUGAAUUUUAUCUUGCAGGCGGAUCCCUACGUUGAAAUUGUGCUUGGCAAACACAAGGUCAGCUCAAAGGACAACUACAUUCCCAACAACUUAAACCCAGAAUUUGGCAGGUAAGUUCAUCGAGUACAUUAAAUUCUUAGUUCCCACUCCUCGUCACUUUUACAUCAGUGGUGCUGAACUUGCAGGUGUCGGUUUAUCAGAUCAUCUAACAUGGCCUGAAAUUAAAAGCAGUGAAGUAUUAGCCUUCUUUAACAUGGAUUUUUUUAUCACUUUAGCCAUUCUUUAAUAAGGAUGACAGAUUAAAUGAUAAGUUGGCACAAAAUGUAAGACAUCGGCACUCGCUACCAGGUUUGUAUUAAAAAAAUUACUCGACUCACACAUCCCUGAUGUGAUCUAGAUCCCUUUGUGAGGAAGACCGCCCUGCCAUAAAAAAAUUCCGUCAAGAACUGUAUUUUAAAGCCUACUGGGAUCUGUAACCUCCUACAAGGAGGUCCAAAUCUUGCAUUCACCUUCUACAAUAAAAUGUCGUAGUUCGAAGGACUGCAAGAAGGCAAGAGACAAAACAGUUACCCUGGUUGCUUACUCUAACCAAAUGCAAUAAAAGUACUUAAAAAUGAAUACGAACAUUUAAGCACUUUCCAAGGAUAGAGGGAAUUAAGUUUAUAUAACUAAUCACAUUUCCAAAAUUAUGAAAUUUAAGUCCUUCCUGGUGAGCAAAAUUAAGUAGAUCAACCCACAAUUCACAAGUCAUUAUCGUGACAUACAGGAUCAACAGACUACUGGACGAUUUCAAGAGAGAACAUAGAGUCGUACUGGGCGAAUACCAUCCACCGGAAUUAGAUGCUACCUUUACCAUAUUCAGCGGUCCGUCAAAAACGGUCAACAUAGAUAGUUAUGUGCGGAUAGUUGCUUGAUUAAGACAUAGCCUACCUUCUAAUUCGUUAAGCUAAUAUAUCUUGAACUUCAUUUUCCUCAAGGACGCUGAACGAUCCUAGAUCAAGCAGUUUUACAGUUUUUCUGAAUCAUGAAGGUCAAAGAAUUUAGCAGGACAAGAUGUCGACUUUUUCACUUAAGUGUCCGUUUAUAUCAGCUUUAGCGGAGAAUUAUGCAUAUGCAUGUCGCGUUUUGGUUAACAUAGUCUCUGUGUCGUCUUUUGUUUGACAUAAUGCACAAUAAGUACCUCUGUUCUUCUAAGCUGACUGUUGUUAUGGACCGACAGUGCGCUCUCACAACAGCCUCCCUCAGAUUAAUAGUUUAUGCGUAUAUUUUUAAUUUUCAGAAUGUUCCAAUUAAAUGCUCUGAUUCCGGUGGAAAAGGACCUCAUCAUCCGUGUGAUUGACUAUGACUUGCUCUCCCGCGAUGAUGUGAUUGGUGAGACGAAGAUCGAUCUGGAGAAUCGCCUGCUCACACGAUACCGCGCCACCUGUGGUUUACCUCAGACCUAUACCGUCUCUGGCCCCAACCAGUGGCGUGACAGUCAAACGCCGACACAGAUUCUCGAUGAAUUUUGUACAAAGAACCGCCUCCCAUUACCCAAGUAUUCCGACACAGAUGCGGGUGGUACCAUGACCUGCUACAUAGGAGAGCACUUCUUCAAUCUCAGUGUCUUCGAGAAGGGACUCAUCCCUAAUCCUCAUCUAGGCAUUCCAAAGGAACGCCUUGCUCUAGCUAUCUUGAAUUCUCUACCCUUAGUCAAAGAACAUGUAGAAACACGUCCUCUCAGCAGUCCCAUUCAACCAUCAAUUGAACAGGUUCGUUUUACUUCAGUGGAUGAACGCCCUAGUUCGUGUAUCAAUCUUUGCCUGUUACAAACGUUCGGUCGGCAUUUACGUCACAAAACAUUUUAUUUGCCUUUAUAUUCCAUUCUGACGUUUGUGCCGAGUAUAAUUUAGAUUCAAAUUAACUUUGUCUGAGCUUUGGCGUUUCGUAGAUGAAGUUUAGUUGUAAUGUUUGGACGAAAUGGUUAGAUGUCCUUAAGUGAAGUAAACAGUAAGUAGGUGAAUUAACAAAAUUUUCAUUCGGCGAAGUUUUGCUGUUUCCCAGAUACAUAACGGGAAAACAAGCCUAUCUCUAUGUCCGAACUGGUAGGAAAUUUAUAGACGUCACAAUGAUUAUUAAGUUCCUAUUAUCAGCAAGAACAAAGGAGACUGGCACGUCAUUCUUGACUUAGUUGCCACCGUCAGCAGGUCCCAAUCCAAGGCAGAGGGUACGAACUGUGGACUUUCGAUCAAGUUAAUUUGUUAAAUUCAACUGGUAAGCAACUCCGUAAAGUUAUGCUCCAGAAUAACUGAAAUCGGAAACGUGACUUAGCCGUUAGGGCCUAAGGCUCAAGAAUGGCCAUCCCACUCGUCUGUGACUUCGUUGCUUAUGUAAAGAAAAUGAAGACGUUUCGAGCACCGAAACAUUUUGUUCAUUGUCCUGAGCUUUCGGACUCGGGUGACGAGGCGACGCAUUAUCACACACACCUACAAAACGGGUCACGGGUUUGACUUCGCAGCGAGAAAAAUAGUCGCCCACGCCGGAAACAAGACAGACCGAAAAUUGGUUGAAGCCUGGGCCUCGGAUGGGAACUCAGUCAAUCGAUUUAUCGAUCCGGCGCCAGCGCCCUACGCAGUCAUCUCCAGUCUUGCGCCGUCGUCGAUGAUUGGCCUAAAUGCCCCAUAACUGUCGCUUUUUCUGUUACUGCUACUAUCUCUGACGAUGGAAUCCUGCACGUGUCCGAAAACUCAGGAUAAUAAACGUGUUCCGGUGCUCAAAACCGCUUCUUCACUAGUGAAUACACCUGGAACUCGAAAUUUCGCCUUCAUUUGUUGCUUAUACCUCCCGAAUACUGAUUUCUUGUCACUAUGAGACUUGUCUGAGCCUGCCUCCUGUCGUCCAGGUUGUGUCCUUUCAUCGGGACCAGUGAGUUAGGGAGGGGAGAGUGCAGCAGCUGCUGUUGCGCAGUCUGACGUCACAAUAAAAUAAUUCGUGCGCUCUGCACUCGCUAAGCCAUGGGACACACGGUGAGCAUCGUCGUUCGCGACAUUCAAACAGAUGCCGCUGAGUUCCCGAUAAAUGGAGCUUAAAAUGUAGAUGUUCCUGGCCAUAUGCCGUAAGCAUGGUCAAAAGUUGACAGAAAACCAGGGAGGAGAAGAGAUAAGUUUUUGUUUAGAGAUACUCGGCGUUCUAAGGGAAGAUUCCCGGAAUGACAGUGUUCAAUAGAAGUAAAAAGUGUAUAUUUCUAAACUGCUGAGGUUAAGUAGUUGAUGUAAGCCUUCACUUUCUUUCUGAGACUGUGCAGACGGAGUCGGUCAAUGCUGUCAUUAUUUGGGAGAAGAAAAGAUGAAUAACCAGUUUUCACGAACUAGUUAGUCGACGUUUUUCUUAAAAGUAAAAAAUAAAGGAGAGAGUGUUAACGGCUCAGUUUAAGGAACCUGACAAGCAAUAGGCAUUCAACAAUCCUACGUCUUUGUUGGCAAUACCUGAUUACUUGGUACUGUGUGACUGCCCUCGAGCGCUCAUCGUUGGGACUUCGUGCAAACCGGCGCGCUGUUAUUCUGUUCCAAAAUCAAUGGGAAUCAGUUCAUGCCUUUACCACGCGAGACUGGCUAUUGUCUGAGAUCCCGUAAAUGGAAACCUUUGACUGGAAAACAGGGCGUACUACAUACCAACCUGAAUAUGCUUCGUGACAAUACUACAGUCUACGGUAUUCAAAACCUUUGGUUGUAUUCUAGUUUGAAUCAAUUCAAUUUAGACGUUCCUAUUUCAACUGAAUUUCUUCAAAACUAUUUUAUAAACACUCAAUUGUACUCAUUUCUUUUUCAUGUGGUUGUUUUAGCCCUGUGAAUGUGCUUAGGUUUCUGUGGAAGGAAUAACCAAGUAGAUGAGGGAGAUUGAGAUGGACAGUCCUAACUUAGUAACCGUCAUCAGCCAGCCAUACAGGAUUCCCUGAUUUGAAUAAAUCCUGAAUCGACCACAUGAUGAGACGCGCCUGUUCCGUAUCUUAACCGGCCUACUGAAUGUCCCUGUAACAUUAACGCUUAAGCCCCUUUCCAGUCUGACUUCCCACAAAAACCUGAAUUCCGAUUGGCUCGAUAAUAGCAUUUUGGUGUCAGUAGCAAAAUCCUUGUUCAGAAUUUACACAGAGACUAUGGAGGAGUCGUGUCUCGGAAUAUUUGGGCUUUGUUUAGGACCAAAGUUUCCGGGGAGGUGCUGCCUUCACGAAUGAUCCUCCGUCCGAAUUAUAGUUUGGCGGUUUAGCUCGCUAAUAAUCUCUUUUUUGUGUCAUAGGCGGCAUGCUUUGUAGUUGACGACAGCCGUGCCUGUAAGUUGACCUGCUGGGCACUUUUCUCUGACAGACUACCUGAUGACCACUAAUUCAGAUAUUUUUCUGUCAUUUCUUAUCAUGUUUACUCCAUCCCCAACCUAGUGUAGGUCUCACACUUCAGAUCUGCAGUUUUGCUGUCGUGUUCUACAAUCACUUAGCUGCAUGUUACGACCCUAAGCUGGUGUUCUUUUAGUAUGACCUGAAUGCUCUGCGGCACUGUCCGCAGCUUCCCGUACAGGUGAGUUCUCAACAGGAAAGUUAAGUCUUCCUUUCCACCAUGAGAUGCACGCAUGCAUGCUUGAGUAAGUACUCCCUUGACCUCUAGUCGUUGUUAUUCCAAUAUUUAUUUUCUGAUGAGCAUCACCCGCACGCCACGAAAUUAACCAGGUUAUAUCGCACGUGCACGCAACCACCCUCCAGAAGUUAAUCUCAUUAGCCAGCUUUGAUCCUUUAGGGAAGACUUGAACUCUGGGUCGACAUUUUCCCGAAGUCCCUCGGUGACCCCGGUCCCUGCUUCAAUAUAUCUCCCCGUCGGCCAAACGAUUACGUGCUACGUGUGAUCGUGUGGAACACCUAUGACGUCAUUCUCGACGAGACUUCUAUCACUGGCGAACGAAUGUCUGAUAUCUACGUCAAGGUACGUUUCGUGGACGGCAGCAAAUCCAAGGCGAAGUACAUGUAAAUGGUGUCCUUCUAAAUCAUGGUUUUAUUCAUCGGCCUGUUUACUUUGAGGUUGACCAGCAGCUAGUAACAUUCUGUAAAAGAGAAGGAGCGCCUGUAUGCUAAUAUAGUUAAAGUUACUAGAGAUUUUAAAAACCGAAGAAUCGAGAAAUUGAGGAUUAGGUUUCGGACUGUACCUGCUUUUUGUACUCCCAUGUAUUUUAGGGUUGGCUUCAAGGCGUCGAGGAACGCGAUAAGACCGACGUCCACUAUCGAUCCCUGAAUGGAGAAGGCAACUUCAACUGGCGUCUAAUAUUCCCCUUCCAGUACAUUCCGUCUGAAAACGAGCUUGUAGUCUCCAAGAAAGAGCAUUUCUGGUCGCUGGAUAAGACGGAGAAGCGUAUGCCAGCCGUUCUGGUGCUGCAGGUCUGGGACAAUGACCUCUUCUCCCCGGACGACUUCUUGGGCACCCUCGAACUAAACCUCACACGAAUGCCCCAGCCAGUAAAAAGGGCAAAGGAUUGCACCGUUGCCAUGAUCCAGACAAGCCAGCCGCAUACCAAGUUCAUAAACCUGUUUGAAAGCAAACGCACGAGUGGCUUCUGGCCGUUUGUAGAUGCCCCUGGACCUGAGAUGAAGCUCACCGUAAGUUUGCAUCCACGGUAUGGAGGAAGAAAUAUUUACGAGGUGUACUUUCUAAGCAUGCAUUUUUGACCAUCUUCAGUGCUUUUAAUAUUUUUAGGACCAUUGGUAUUUUGUUGAGUAUACUUCAUUAUUUGAUACUGGGCAGCUGCAAACAAAGUCAUAAAAAGAACAAAAAAUAAAAUUCUGAAAAAAGAUAGGAAGGGACCGCGGAAAUACGCAUACGAAGAGAAGAUAACAACAAAGGAAAAACGAAAGGACAAUUAGAAGGAAAAACUAAGGACAAAAAGAAGUCACAAUUAGUCUUAAGUCAACAAUAGGCCACUUUACCGUCCACCUAAAUCUACAACACAAUGAGGUUGUUACAAAAGGAAAAAUUGUGUUGAAAAACCUGCCAUUCCUGACAAUCGACGGUAGGUUUCCUAUGCGAAAUAGCAAACUUUUUCGACACCCAGCUGUAAUUUUGAUAAAAAUAGGAUAACAAAAGGAACUACCUAGUUUGCUCGAUUGGAAUUACUCUCAAUAGUAGCGACAUGUCAAAUUUUGGAAAAUAUUCAUUCAAAUAACGAGGAAGAACUUCAGUUGAUAGAAGCAGCUGAAAAAUAUUGAUAGAACCAAUAAUGUCGAAGAAACCCCAAGCAAUACGUGGAAACUGAGAUGCCCAUUUCGGGUUUGCUGAUUGCCAUCAUUUGGCCGUACCACAGCCCUAGGUGUGGAUGAAUGAUGUUUGCACAAAAGUCAGUUUGCUGCCGAUAAAUUGGCCUACACUCUCUCUCUCCCUCUGACUUAGGCAUCAGGCGCACGUCUUACCAACUGCGGUUGGUAGCGAUACAGACAGGUUACGUCAUUCAAGGCAAGCUCAGUCAGACGGCAUUGUCAUGAGACUAAAUAGUUCCAAUUGGGCCGACAGGAAUUUGGCCCCUGGCCCAAAAGGUAGAACGGGGGAACCAACUGCUAUAUGAUCAACUGAGCCGAGUUAAAAUUCCAGGCAGUUCUGACCUUUAAGGUAAGGUGGUACCAUACUAACAGCACAGGUACUAGUCAAAAGCCCAUACGCGUGUGUUUCGCCGACAAUUUCUAAAUUUGAGUAUCUACCAGAAAACACACGAGGAAUGCUGGGGGACACACUGACGAGCCUAACCCCUCGCAGCUGCGCCAUGCAGCGGCAGAAUAUUGGUGAAACACGCGUGUGUGGGCUUUUGGCUAGUACCUGUGCUGUUAGUAUGGUACCACCUUACCCUUAAGUAUACUACUAGCUGUCUGUCGACAGUUAAUGAAUAUUACGCGGUUACCCGCUGUGGCUGAUGGACUUUGGCCCAAAUAUUCAUACAUAAAAUUCUCGGUCUGAGCCUAUAGACCUUGAAUAAACUGAUCUAUUCCAACUUCGUAGAUAAUUUCUGAGCAAAUUAAAAAGCGACAAGUUCUGACCUUGUCAUGACGUGUAUCCGGUUACUGCGGGAAAAUAAGCCAGAAAUUUCAGUUCCAGUCUCUAUCGUAAUUUGUAUUAUUUCUUCCAACUUACUGUUUGGUUGUCACCAUGUGACAGCCUACGGGGGGUGCUAGCCUGGAUCUCCAGAACAAAACAAGCUAGUGUGUUCCUUCUUGCGACUAGCUGGGAGAACUGCCGCUCCCGAGUAACCUGGAAGUGGAAUUAUAAAAAUUUUUUGUCCUUGACCAUUAUUAUGCACUGUUUCUGCAUGGUGUUGCAACAGUAUCCUUCUGCGUAUGCACUGUUGAUGACAAGACCUAUUUAAAGUUCCUCAUUUACCAAAAACCGUUUCGUAAAAUUAUCUUGCUCCUUCUUGAUACAAAGUAUGCUUCACCGUUCGGAUUAGUAACCUGCGAAUUUGUCCCUCCCAUACUCCUUAGUUUACCUAUUUAUUAACUAUCGGUUCUGAUUUCGUAUAAGGGCCUCCGGAAGCGCACCAAAAUAAAUAACAAUAUCGUAAUUCAUAACAUAGUAACUCACCGAAGUCCAGUCUUCCUUCAAGAGCAGUUGCCUUUACCUUACUUUACCUGGUCGGGUCUUUCGUUUCCGCAAGGGUAAACUGGAAGCUGAGAUCGAACUGUUGACGAAAGAGGAGGCCGAACUUAAACCUGCUGGUCCAGGUCAGGAUGAACCGAACGCGAAUCCGCAUUUGGACAAGCCGAAGUGAGUCGCCGUUGUCGUUUUGAAGAAUUUAAAUAUCAUUGUAAUUAUUUCCGGCUGAAAUUUCACUAAGACAAGUUGAAACAAGCGUUGGUUGCGCGCAGGAAUAUGGGCCCGCAUAUCGCAGGUAGCCUACCCUUAAAUUACGGCAGAUUUAAAGUUGGGUUCAGUGUUAGGGUUAAUGUUGGAAUUAGUGUUAGGGUUAAUGUCAGGGCCGAGACUAGUUCCAGGAGGGUUAGGUUAAAUUUUGUGACUAGGUUUGUGAUCAAAGUUAAGACAUGGUAUCAAGAACCCCCUGGAAUUUGGCGUGGGGCAACCUGCAGUAUUCGGUGGUCUAUAUUCCCCUGUCUGACCCAUAUGUUUGUCUGAAUAACUCACUCCUCUUUACAAAUCCUCGCCUCAGGUUUCCUCUCUCCCGCUGUAAAAAGGCUAUAUGCCAUGUUCUGCAAGCAGUAGACUUAACGCCGAUAAUAGGAUAUUAAGCACAGAAGGGGGUUGUUAAAAUAGGACUUUGCAUCAAAUCGGCUUUUGCGCAAAAUCUCGUUCCCAAUUGGCUUGGCUCAAACAAGCCUUUGAUACAUGUGUGGGUGGGAUUAAUCGAGCUGAGGUCAAACACAUAUUUUCACACUGAAAAUAAGCACACGCGCUUUGAAGCCACCACGACAUCCUAGCAGACGCGUCUUUGAAUGCAGUUGAAUUACAAUAAACCUCGGUCCUACUGGCAGUCGGGUUGUAAUGGCUAGUCGUUCAUGCGGCCUUUGCGGCAUGUCCCAGCUUUUGUGAGAUUUAAAAUUUCCUAAUAUAGGCCUGACGUACGCGAACUAAAAACCGGGCUGUGUUUGGAGCACAUAGACGGACUGUUUAACUUUCUCGCCUGCUUUACUCAUAUCCAUCUGCGAUAACCUUAACUCUGUUUCACCACCAGAAGAGGGUGUGUGAUAUAGGAAGGAGCUAGAUUCAGAGCCUGUCGACAUUACUAUAAAUAGGGUUAUGGUCGCUGUCACCUCUUGAGGCAACGGUCAACUUCGUCGUUUGCGGUGAUCAGACAAACGGAUAAUCUUAGCCUACUAUUACGAUGACCUAAUUUUAGGACAAUCCUAUGGGCUGUGUUACUUUUUCGGUGUCCUUUAGCACUCUAGCAAGUCACGUACGACUGUUCGGAAUUUGGGAACCGUACUGUUGAAUAGUUUUUUGCAAUAAUUUUGCCACUUCGUGCAAUAAAGUUUCGCUCCCAAAGACGGAUUACUACCGGAUGACGGUACUAUGAGGGAAUUCCGCUGUCUCUUGCAGUUCGUCAAACUUUUCUUACGAACUGCUGCUCCUACACUUAACUGUUUUUUGUGUAAUUUCAGGCGUCCUGAGACCUCUUUCUUCUGGUUUACAUCACCCUUCAAGACGUGCAAAUUCAUCAUAUGCAAGCGCUUCAAGUGUAUCCUGAUUACCAUAAUCUGUGUCUUUCUGGCUAUCCUCCUCCUUGCACUCUUCAUUUACGCCAUUCCGGUAAGUUUCGUUUACUUCCUCGGACGGGGCUUCUUUCAAUUUCGCUUUCCAUAGAAGAACCAAAAACAUUCUCCUUCCCAUUUUAGCAACUCCUGGCUCGUAAAAUGGUUGGUGUAUGA